AAGUCGGAGGGCAUGAUCUAUAUGCGACACACACCCGCGCACUGUGUGUCUCCCUCCCUGCCAGGCAUGUUGCCAGCAGGGAAAAGGCGGGGAAGCAGCUGAAGGCCGGCCCUCCUCUUUCUGGCCUCUCCGUUUCAUAAAGCCGAGGGUUUCCUCGCGCAGGGCUUUGGAGGCGCCUCCUGAGUGCCAGCCGGUGCCAGUCCCCCGGCAACCCCCGACGGCCUCGGCCCGACCCUCCGCGCGCCUCUCCAUCCCUUCCUCCUUUGACGCGGAAGGCAGAGCGAGGCGAGGCUCCGCCUCCGGAGGAGGAAGGCCGGACACGCCGCAGUCAGGGGCAGCCCCAGAGGCUGCCGAGCCGGGCGGGCGGGCGCUGCGCCGGGGCCCGGGAGCGGCGUCGAGAGCCAUGGCGCGUCGGGAGCGUGUGGCGGCGGCGGCGGCGGCGUCCAGUGGGCUUCUCCUCCGCCUGGCCGCUCUGUGGCUGCUGCUCUGGCUGGGGCCCCGGGUAAGGGCGCGCGGCUGGGGCUCUCCGCUUUCCCGGGGGCGAGGGGGCGGGUUGGGGUUGAGGGGAGAGGCAGAGAGGGGCGUUCCGAAAAGGCUUCUUAGCUGCUUCUCGCCCUUUCACGGGCAUGGGGGGGCCCCCAAACAUAACCCAGGGGGGCGCAAAGCGGGGUUCAGGCACUUUCCUCGCCGGGGAGAGAUGGGGGGAAACUCGGGCGCUAAACCCCCCUGCCGCUGCUGGCGCCCCCUAGAGCGCAGAAGGGAGGGCAAAUGAUGGCGGUAUUUGCCCCACCUGCGCUCCCAGAGUUCGCCCUCGUUGCAGGUGGGCAGAGGAUGUGGGAACUGCCCUUCGGGGUUACUGUUUUGAAACCGAUUCUUUAUUAUUAUGACGAUUGGAUAUUUUCCUCGUUUAAUGAAAGCACAGGCAUUGCCUCUUUCUCCGGGUGGCGUUUUUUGCCGAUCAGUUUCAUUUGCCCUGAGACAUUGGUGUUAUGGGGGUGGGGGGAGACGGGGUGUGUGGCAAAGCUGAUGUUCUUUUACUUAGUGUAUGUGUGGGGUUUUUGUGUUGGUGUCACAUGGAUAGAUCCUCUUUCUAUACGCUUGUUAUGUUUCCUUGGAAGUGAGAGAGGCUGUGGGGAGAGGUGUGGUCGAUUUGCUCGGAACCAAUUCUUUAAGGAUGGGCACUUGUUGGAAGCAGAGCAGCACCCGGGCGUUCGGCUUUGAAGUAUGGUGGCAUCCUGUGGCCUGUUCCUCUGCCUUUUCUAGUGGGCACCUGUAUGCCACAUGGAACUCCCUUUCUCCAGAGCCUCCCCAGGGGGGGCAUGAGGGACCCCUCAUAUCGCAAGGCCGGCUCAGGAGGCCGAGCCCCUCUACCUGCCGCGCCACACGGAGGAUUUGAGGUCUCGGGUGCGUAAGAGAUGCCCCAGACAUCUCACCAUCUUUGGCAUUGGAGGCAAUGUUGCUGGAAGACGGUGAUCUCUUGGGAGUGUUGCCCUGCUCAUCAUCUUCCAUUGGAGGCUGAUAUGCUUUUUGUAGGGGUUCCUUUCAAGCCUAGGGGGUCUGUUGCCAUUUAGUAGGGAGAAGUCGGAUAAUUUUCAUGACAUCAGUGCUCUCUGCAAGUGCAGUAGUGACUGAGCUCCAUGGAAAGUCGCAUGUCGGAUUAUUCGACGUGGGGAACUGGAUUUUGCCACGCUUCUGAAGCCCCGUGGAUCUCUCCAUGGGCCCAACUUCUCAAAUUAACAUAGGAAACUGAAAACUUAUGAGUGACUUAUGCUGCUGCUUUUCUCAAUUCUAGAAACGUGGGCAAAACUCCUUUUGGUGAAUUCAGAUGAAGGUGCACAUUUGCAUCAAAACAGAAAACACUACCAGUGUUUUUAUUGUUGUAGAAGACUGCUCAGUUGAAUGCACUCGAGUAAUUGCUGGUUUCAGUAUUUGUCACACCUGACUAUAGAGACAUCACCUUUUUUCCCUGCAUCUUAUUUUCUACGGUUACAAACUAUUUUUGGUUGACCAAUAACUGAACCGAAGUAUAAUAUUUUUUGCAGCAUAAGUUGCUUUUCAGUCUUAACUGGAGUACCGGCUGUGUGAACAAUACCUCCAGCACUAUAUUAAUAUUUAGGGAUAGAAGUACUAUAAUAAGGACACAUCUUUUUCGUCUGUAGUGACAGGAUAGUAACAGAAAUGACUGGUUCUGAUCAAGAACUGUCAAAAAAGGUGACAAGUUACGAAGUGGCUAUUUUUGCAUUAUCAUUUUUUUAAAUACAGCUAUUUGCUAAUUUCCAUUUGGUCUUUACUGCUCCAUAGAAUCAAUAAGCUGCAACAUUCCUCCCUUGUGGGGUUGUCCCACCUAACUCUGCCCAUUCUGCAGUCAGGGGGAAACUAACACUAAAACUGUUUUCAAAGUCUCUCUCUUGAAGCUUGUUAGGCCUUCAUCCUCACGUGUAUAUUCAGCCAUUAUUGCACUGUAGCCAGCACAUGUUGCAGUGAAAGGGUUAUUACUCAAGAACCUCUUCUUGAACUAUCUGGCUUACUCCAGGGUUGUUUUAUAUAGCUGCAGAGAUGAUAUGGGAAGUUGGAAAGAGCAUCUGGUUUCCAGCUGAGCUUGGUUUUGUUGACUAGUAAUGCAGACUAAGGCUGUGUGUUCAAAGUACCGUUUUUAUUUAUUUACUGCAUUUAUGUUCCACCUCAAGGUAGUGUAAAUGGUUCUCCUCCUCACUUAAUCUCCACAACAACUCUGUUGCACUGAGAGAAGAAAGUGACUGGCUUAAGGUCGCCCAGUGAGCUACAUGGUCGAGUGGGGAUUUGAACCCAGGUCUCCUAGGUUCUAGUCUGACACUUUAAUCACUAUGCUAAUUCUUAAUCCAGCUCCAGCGUGCUCCCACCGCUGGCUUUUGAAUCCGUUUAUACGUGACGCAACAUUCCCCACAAGAAUGCCGAACUAUUGUGUGGUUUCUUGAGAAAUAUUGCCGUUUGAUGCGUUUCCCCUUAAACCCGGCUUCAAUCCGAAAGGUAAAUUUAAGCCACGAUCACUUCACAAUGAAGCUGGAACUGGAAGUGUGUACCUUGGAGACAGCCAUUGCACAUACGUGGGUGGCAGCUUAAUUAGGAGUUUUGGGGGGAGUUACAGUGGUGGGGAAUCCAAACAGGUAAUAUGCAUUGAGUGAAGACCUCGCUGCCCCCCUCUCUAGUCUGUAUAACAGCAUGGGGACGCAGGUGGCGUUGUGGUCUAAACCACUGAGCCUCUUGGGCUUGCUGAUCGGAAGGUCGGUGGUUCGAAUCCCCGCAAUGGGGUGAGCUCCCGUUCCUCUGUCCCAGCUCCUGCCAACCUGGCAGUUGGAAAGCACACCAGUGCAAGUAGAUAUAGCGGUUUAGUCAUGCUGGCCACAUGAUCCGGAAAACUGUCUGUGGACAAACGCCAGCUCCCUCAGCCUGAAAGCGAGACAAGCGCUGCAACCCCAUAGUCGCAUUUCACUGGACUUAACCAUCCAGGGGUGCUUUACCUUUACCUUAUAACAGCAUGUAAAUGCAACUUGCAAGGCAGUGGUCUGCGGGGGAGAGAAAUGACAUUGCUGCCUUUUAAGCCGCUAAUGUAUACCUAGUGUAAGAUUAUUUCAAAUUAUUAUAGGGCCCCCCCCAUUACUGCUCCACAUGUCUAGAGAUAGCACAUUCAUAUAUUUAAAGUCUGUUGAUAAAAUGACACAAAACAGUGUGAGAUUCAAACUAAGAAGCAUAGUGGUGUGUUUCAUUAGACCAUUUUUGAUAUAGAAGUGUACUAAAAAGAAGUUAUGUGCAUCUUUUUUCAGGUUGGUAUGGUAGCAACUAGUUGUGUAGAUUCUCAUUUUCAAUCUCCCUGCUUAUAAGGACAACAUAAUUAGGAAACCCAGUCUUGGAAUGUGGGUUAUAUUCACAUUCAACAGAGGAACUUUUAAGGUCAGGUUUUUUUUAUAAAAAAAUGCAUCAUUCUUUUGUACUGGUAUACAUGUAUGAUAUUAUGAGUGAGGUAAGAGAGGCUAAAUUAUUAUAUUUCUUAUUCACCCCCUUCCUCUUUCAAAAUAUUCAUGCUUAACAGAGUGUUGCCAUAAUAUUUGUAAUACCAAGGAUUUUCAAAACGAGGACUUCAAAUGGGGGGAAAAUAUCUAAAAUCAUACUUGGGUUUCACCUUUUCUCCUUUUUAAAUCCUUGCAUUGAAUUGUUGUUGUUAAUAAUUCACCCAAAGACCUACAACAUUAAAAACACAAUAUUAAAACCAACUUACAGUCACAAAUAUAAGGGGGGUCCUAAAAAUAUUAGUGCUAAUUUUCUUGCUUUUUUUAUUUGUGUUGUGGACAAUGAAUUAAAUAAACAUUGAUCAAACUUUAUGCAUUUCUAGCAUUACAGAAGGGGAAAAUAAGAGCUAGUUAUGCUUUCUUGAAGUAAAAAAAAAAGAAAAGUAGCGGAAUUAAAUUGUCCUGUCUUGUCAUAAAAAUCAUACUGUUGUCUCUUGAGACAGGAAUUAUUGAGAGUUAGCCCUGAACCCUUUUAAUGGGCAUUGUUGAGAAAGCCUGGAAGCAGUAGGGUAUGUUAGAGUGCUAUUUUUUGCAGUCAAAGCCACAGCACCCGGCAAGGGAUUGUACCAAAGGGUGCUAUUUAUCUUAUAUAUUUUCACUGAAUUUGUGCAGAGAAUAAUGUCAGAAUGUGCAGUGUGCACCCUCCAAAAGGGCCAAACUUGGAAUAUUCUAAAACUCGUCUGGUUCACUUUCGCAGUAUGCAUAAUAAAAAAUAUUAAUUUGGGGGAAUAAAACUUAAGGUAAAAAAAAGUAUACAUUCUUAAAGGAUGAAAUUCACACACAGCCAGCCAGCAUUGUUAUAGCAGAUGGGUUGGAAUGGGCAUACUACCAGGUCAUGGCCUGAUCUAAGGCCUGAUCUCAGCAGCAGUAUUACCACUUUACAAAUAUAUGGUAUUUAUUUGCCCCCAUAUGGAUGUUUGGUUUAAAAAAUGGUUCCUGGUCUAGUGGGCCUGAACUGGGGAGACCUGACUUCAAAUCCUUGUCCAACCAGGAAUGUCACUGGGUGCGAACUGUCUCUCAGCACAAGGAUAAAUGGGGCAAACCCCAUGUAGGCCUUGUAGGCCUUCAUGAACUCCAUGUAAAAUAACAGAAUACAAAUGGAAUAAAUAAGUGCAGCUGAUAUUCAGUGGGGCUGAAAAUACAGGUAAUGUAUUAGAAUUGUUUGAUUUGUUGUAGACCAAAAGUAACUUCAGCUUUAUUUUUUCUUUUACUUGUUUUUCCACUGCUUCCUUUUAAAUAGAAAUAAUAAUGCAGAAAUAACAGCUCCCUCUAUUCCAUUAAACAUGCUUUAGUGACUUGUUUUCUAAAACCUAUGCAUGCUAUCAGGCUGUAACCUAGCAAUGUAAUUAGAGCACUUGCUGACAAAAUAAGCUCAAUGAAUCAUAGGGCAUAUAUGAUGAUCAUGCUAGUUGCUUGUGUUAUUGUGCAGAAGCUCUCUCAAAUGUUUUGCCUUCCCAUAUGUCCAGCGAUAAGUUGCCAGGAACACGAUACAGUAUAUGUUUCAUCUGCCCACUGAAACAUGUAUUGCUCCGGUCUCGUCAAAGUUAAAAGAGGCAGGAUUCAGUAAAAUAUUUGCAAGUGUGACUUGUACAGUCUGACCCUACAUUCUGUUCCAGAUAAUAAGAUAUUGGGGCACACAAAGAAAGCCAGAUGAAGGUUUAGAUUAGGAGUUAAUACAUUUAGCAUUUUACUUUCUUCAUUGCAUUUAAUUACAGGCAAUAUUUCCUCCUCAAAACAGCAGCCUGGGAGGGGGUCAUGUGCUAUUAUGCCUCCCUCAUCUGCCCCUCCUUUUUUCCUUCACUUGCUCACUGGAGAAAUGAAUUACUACGCUUAGGAUGUCCAAAGUGGAUACGAAUAUAGGCUCUCACAGAUUUUGUUAGAUUAAUAUGUUGUAGGCCUCUAUCUGUCUCAAGAGACAAUGGAGUGAGCCUCCUGGGAUGUGGCCAAACUGCUGUGUUAGCAGAGGUGCAGUGAUCUCCCUGGGGUGCAAGCCUGGGCAGUGUAUAUGGAGGUUCUGGGUUACUCAGAUGACAAGACCCCCACCCCACGCCCGGCCUUGCUGAUGUGGUCCAAAGGAAAUUGGAGCAAUACAUUUGGCACCAGCUUGACUGCAGGAGUUACUGGAAGGAGGCACUAAGAAAACAGAUUUCACCACUCAGGGUCAGGGAGGUCCCAUGUUAAAAUAAAUUCUGGAUCUCUCGGUUUGGUCAUUCAGUUCUCUCUGGGAAGUGGGGAGACUUGAUUCUGCAUAUAAUUAACAACAUUUUCAUCUCAUUAAUAGGAGGUCACAUUAAGUAGACAAGCUGGUAGAAUAUCUCUCAACUCUGAUAUUGAAAUCGUAGUCUGAAAUAUUUCCUUUUCUUUUUUAUAUUGCCUGCUGGUUUGUAAGCAUUGAAUUCUGAAGGAUAAGAGGUAGGAAAUAUUUCAAAAAAAAUUUAGACAUGCCAGAUUCUGAGAUGGUUGUUGAGUAGUAAACAGUGCAUUGUUGAAUAGUUCAUUACAACUGCCAGUAUAUUCUAAAUUGCAGAACAGGUACCAAAGCUGCCUCAAAUUUGUUAUAGCCUUUAAAAAUAACCUUUAAAGCUUCUGCUUUCACUUGCACUGGUAGACCAGUGACCAACAGCAAGCUAGUUACACCUGUUGAAACCAAUAUGGUACAUUAGUCGUGAUUUGUCAUUGAUUUUAAGAGGAUUUAGGUAAGACUUAGGUCUUUUCUAAACAGUCAGCAAAGUAAGAUGGUAGAGUUCUGAAUAGCUAGAAUGGACUGUACCACUUUAGUCCCCGAGUGGGGGAAAUAACAUUUGUGAAUGCACCCUUACAUAAACGGUCUGUAGUGGUACAGGCCACUCUAUCACCUAGGAGUUCUUUCACCUCCUACUGCAUGUGUAGAUCAUAGGCCUCUUGAUUAGGGACUAUCAAGUACAGAAUGGAUGGCUGCUAUAACAAGAUCCCAUACACACAGAAAUUUGAUAUUUGUGGUCAACCUCAGGUGGAAGACCACUUGUUAUCUGUUAGCCUGUUAUAUAGGGACCCAAGAGAUCACUUUCUGAACCCUUUGUUUGCACAAAAAAGCAGGUUUCACCCUGGCAGAAAUGGUUCGGUUUCUUCUGCGAUACAAUAAUAGCUUUGUAACACACACAGGGGCUCCCUCUAUGCAGUGGCUGCCAAAUCAAUCAAUCAAUCAAUCAAUCAGGAAAAAGGAAUUGGAUGAAAUUGCAGUAAAUUAUUUUGGUGAAUCUGAAAUCAAGCUGGAUUUGAGAUCAUUAGUGUCUCUGGUGUCUUCUCUUUCUUGAAUCGUGGAUGUUGGCUUGUAUUAUGGUUGCAUGUUCCGUGUUAUUUUGUUGAUACUUUUCCUGCUGGUUUGUCAUGGCCUUUGGCUAGAACAAUAAGCUUAGGAGCAAACAAGUACAGUACGAUCGCAUCUGAUGUGUCGUUAACUUGCGUGAUUUCAACCUUGCGCAGUUGAAAGCUGGCCGGUUAAAAUCGUGCAGAUGAAUUGCGCACAAGGUGGAGAGCUUAACAGCUCCUUUUUGCACUGUGUUUUUCCAGCGCGGAAAGCGCUUUUAAGCUCUCUGCCUUGCUUACUAGGCAAGGCCCACUCAGUGCACAAGCUCCAGAAGCUAAGGAUAUUUGCACAGGGGUGGUUCCAAGGGGGCGAUUCAAGUGUGCACAUUUUUGCAUAUAUGCGCCACCCCCAAAACGUAACUACCAUGCAAGAUGAGAUUGUACUGUACCAUUUAUCUCUGAAAGAUAUGCCACAUCAAUCUUCAAAGAAUACUAAGUUACUAAAACUUAUGAGAACACUGUCUUCUUCAAAUUAUUCUAUACAGUGGUACCCCGGGUUACAUACACUUCGGGUUACAGACUCCGCUAACCUGGAAGUAGUACCUCGGGUUAAGAUCUUUACCUCAGGAUGAGAACAGAAAUCAUGCGGUGGUGGCACCGCGGCAGCAGGAGGCCCCAUUAGCUAAAGUGGUACCUCAGGUUAAGAACGGUUUCAGGUUAAGAACGGAACCUCCGGAACGAAUUAAGUACGUAACCAGAGGUACCACUGUACUGUAAUGUGGAACCUUUGUUUUUCCAGAUUCUGCUGAACUACAACUCCCGCCCAGGCAUGUUGGGAGUAGUAGUUCAGCAACAUCUGGAGGGAUAAAGGUUCCUCAAACGUGUUCUGCACCACAAUAACUGCACAUUGUGACGAAUGUGACCCGCCAACCAGCCCAUGGUUCUUUGAUUUUUUAAAUUGCUUUUAAUGUAGCUUUAGUUCUUUUUGUAUUGUGUGAGUGUAAAUUGCCUUCUCUAUGAAGGCCAUGCCACAGCUUAAUAAAAGAAAUAGGCAGGCAGAUAGCAAAAACAGGAGGUGUAUUGAUCCCUUGAUAAGCCACCAUGUAGGAUUAAUCAGAUGCAUUCUACAUUCGUAUCUUGGUUCUCGAAUGUACAGUCAUACCUCAGGUGGAAUGUGCUUCGGGAUGAGCGCUUUCGAGUUGCGUUCCGCAGCAACCCGGAAGUAACGGAGCGUGUUACUUCCGGGUUUUGCCGCUUGCGCAUGCGCAGACGCUCAAAAUGACGUCACGCGCAUGCGCAGAAGCGGCGAAAAGCCACGCGUGCGUGCACAGACGUGCCGUUGCUAGUUACAUUUGCUUCUAGAUGCGAACAGGGCUCCGGAACGGAUCCCGUUUGUAUCUAGAGGUACCACUGUAAUCCGUUCUGGAAGUCCAUUCUACUUCCGAAAACGUUUAAAAACCAAGGUGCAGCUUCCAAUCGGCUGCAGGAGCUUACUGCACUCAAUCGGAAGUUGCGUUGGAUAUUUGGUUUCCACAUUUUUUUGCAAACCAGAACACUUACUUAUGGGUUUAUGGCGUUUGGGAGCCAAAACGUACGAGUACCAAGGCGUUCAAGAACCGAGGUACGACAUUAAGUUCCCUAUACAGGAUUGCCUUCAGUCAUAUAUGCUGCUUUACAUUUAUUUCUCAUAUCAUAGACAUGUUGGAAGUAGAACUAUGGCAUGUGAUCUUGUAACCAACACAGGGAAGUAAAAAAUUGUGCGAACAAAUGCCUGACAUGCUUUACACAGUUUGCUUUAUUUCAAUCCCAGGAAACUGGUUAGGGUUUGGUUUUCUGUGCCUCUUGCUAUGUUUGUGGCUUGCAUAAGAGGAAGCAUGGUAUGCUAAACUUCAAUUCUGCAUUUUGACAUCGUGAUUAAAACUGAUGAGAAUGGUUUAGAAGUCCUCAUAAAAUGUUAGCAUCCUAUCAUUUUCACGCUUUAACGAAAUGUAAACUUUGAAAUGUUCAAAAUCUAAGCAUUACAAUUUAGUGAAAUGAUAAAAUAGACAUACGGUGGUACCUUGUUUCCCGAACGGCUUAAUUGUCAUACAAAUCAGCUCCCAAACGCCGCAAAUAAAGUGAGUGUUCCAGUUUGCAAACGUUUUUCGGAAGUUGAACGUCCGACACGGCUUACAAUUGAGUGCAGGAAGCUCCUGCAGCCAAUCAGAAGCCGCACCUUGGUUUGCAAAAGGUUUCAGGAGUUGAACGGACUCCUGGAACGGAUUAAGUUCGAGAACCAAGGUACCACUGUAUAGACAUGGACCAGAUGGUUUUUUACUGUGUGAAUGAGCCAUGGUAAGUCUUGGGUUUGUAAGCUCCGCCACUCCCCAAACUUCUUUCGCACCCUAUAGGAUGCUUCUGAAGUAGAACUAACCACAGUUCUUCAUAAUGUCAGAAUUCAGGAGACCCUGGUUAGUGAGAUGAAGCCAAGAUCAAACCAUGGGUCCAGAUCCUGUCUUGUUCUCAAACCAGUGUUUUAAUAAACCACAGUUUCCUGAAUUCAGACAUGACAGGGACCCAUUGGUACUUUCGAAUCACAAGCAGAUGCUUCCAAUCUCCUCUUCUGGUCCUCAAAAUAGGAGACAGUAGCUGUAGCUCAAUGAUUAGAGCACUUGCUAUGAAUGUAAAAGAUUCCAGUAUGAUCCCCAGCAAUGCCAAGUAGAAUGGGAACUCAGAAUAAUAAGCCCCAUAGGAAUUUCUUAGCCAAAACUUUAACUGUAGACAUCUAUGGGGUUGUUUUGUUUUGGGGAUACUCUGUGGUCCAGUCUUGUUGCACUUGUAUUUUUUAAAAAAAUCCAAUAAAAAUCAAUAGUAAGCUAAAUCCAGAUUAAAACAUCUGCAAUUUCUGCAUGUCUGUUUAGGCUUGCCUAAACAACCAGCUUUUAAUCCCAUUGAUGUCAAUGGGCAGGGAGUUCCAAUGUGUAGAUGCUGCAGCAGCACUAAAAGAUCAAUUUCUUAAAACUACCAAGGAAGUACAGCCGUACCUUGGUCAUCGAACAGCUUAGUUCUCGAACGUUUUGGCUCCCGAGCCCCACAAACCCAGAAGUGACAGUUCCAGUUUGUGAACUAUUUUUGAAGGCCGAACGCCUGACAGGGCUUCCACAGCUUCUGAUUGGUUGCAGGAGCUUCCUGCAGCCAAUCAGAAGCCGCACUUUGGUUUCUGAACGUUUUGGAAGUCGAACGGACUUCUGGAACAGAUUCCGUUCGACUUCCAAGGUACGACUGUAUUAUGUAAUACCUGUAAAAGUGAAAGUUCGGUCACUGGAUGGAGGCUUCUAGGUUUCUAAAAUCUGAGUUUUAGGCUUUCAUCACCAGUGCAUUGUCUCACUAAAAGCCCAUGACUUGAAGACUGAGCUCAUGAUAUUAGUUGAAAAAUAUGUGUCUAGAAGAAGCUAUGGAUGUUCGCAGACUCGUAGCUUAUUUGCAGAUGGAAGGAAUAAGGAAAUGCAAAAUUUUACAUUUUAAACAAAAAAAAAUAAUAAUGUUCCAAGGAACAUGAUGAAACUUGGUAAAGUUCUGAAAAACCACCCACCCUUGGGUUUCAUUUAAAGGUUAUGAAUGCCCCUUUGAUAAAUAACUUCCUCAACGUGCUACUAUAAAAAUUAGACCCUGCUUUAUCUAAAUGUCAAAUAGGACUGUUUAUUCCCAGUGGAGCAGUGGCUGUGGCGUGGCCAAGUUGCAGAACAGACGGAACAUUUGCUUCCAGGGUCUUUAGUAAUGUUGUAGAAAAGGAGCAUUACGAACUCUCAUUAGGCAAAGGUUAGCCCAUUACAUCCUUACUUAAGUGCCAGCAUUUGGCAAGCCGCUUUGAUUAUUUCUUAUAUUCAUUUCAGUGUUUAUCCUACACAAUCCCAGGUGCUCUGGUUGUGUUUUUUGAAAAUACAUAACAUUAUUCAGAAUACUUAAGCAUGCUUACAGUACAAUCCUAUUCAUUCUUUUCUUUUCUUAGAUAGGAGUUUUCAAUGGGGCUUCUAACGUGUCAUGUUCAACAGUGAUUAAACAUGGAAUUGCGUCUUGUUCGAGACUCCGACAGCCAUCAACCCUCGUCUGGAAAAUAACUGUCACAAGCUGAUCUAUCAGUAUGCAGUUGGUAUCUUCGCUGUUACAGUACUUCAAACUCGUAUCCAGAGGUCUGUAUCUUUUCAACCUGUAACACUGUAUUUCUCCUUACAACUCUUGAAGCCUACCAGCUUUAUUGCUAAUUGCAGUUGCUCUUCUUCCAAUCUGCUGCCGCGUCUCUGGUCCUGCAGGUCACGAUCCUUCCUGUCAUCUUGUCCAUCCUGCAUAGUCCAUUAAGUUCGUCUACCAUUCCUAUCUAAGCACUAUUUCUCAGAAGGUUAGGGUUCAAUGGAGCUUCUGCCUGAAGCGUUCAUGGAAUUGCGUAUGUAGACCUGCAGCCGCCCUCAUUGAAAUAACUCGACAAGGUACCACUGUAUUAGGUUUAUGUUAUUGGGCAAAUUUGGCCACAGCUUUAUUGAAUUACAGAAUGUGAGUGGUAUUGGCUUAGGCAUUGUUUGGACCCGACUAUAUCUGACUCCUGCCCGCUGCACAGGAAGUCCGGUAAGGGUAAACCACCGAUAGGGGGAGUCCUGUUGAUGCAAACCAACUCAAGCUCCCUCUGGUGUUCCCAUCAGGGUCGUGUCAAGGCUUUAGCCCCCAACCGGGCUUCGUACAAGAUCAACACCCCCAGAUUCCUUUAACGGAAUACCCUUAAGCAUGGAGGGGCAGGUGAUGGCCACACCUCCCCUCCCCCACACAAGGUCAAACAAUGCCUAACCGCAACCCUAACAAAGUUGUGACGAUUGCUACGGGGUAGACGAAAACCAAGUGGCCAGUGCCAGUUUGCCAAAUUCCUACCAGGCCCCUCAGACAACUAAGGCGACCAACCGAAGUUCAUAGCAAGGCCAGUGCCUAACCUGUGAAUAGGGAGGGAGGGCAGGUGAUUGAGGAAGCGAGCCAAGAGGAAGUCCUCCGGCUCGCUCCUUGGUUUAAACUGCCCCGGCCACGCCCCCCCAGCCAGCGGAUUGGCUGGCCGGGCUCUGACACGGCCGGGAUCCCCCAGGCAACGGGGGACAAAGUCCCCCGCCCCCGGUGGGGAGUGGGUGACCACACAGUCCACCGCAGCUCCUCCCCACUGGGAAGUGGAGUGGAUUUGCAGCCUAAAUGACUGGUGCUUACACUUGGGUAAGCAGGGAUAGGAUUGCAGUGUGAAUGAGAUGUUUGUAGUAAGUCUCAUUGAAUUCAGUGACACUUCAGGAUGUGUGUGUGUACUUUAAAAUUGCAAUCUGUGAUCUACACUUACUUGUUUGCAGCUGUGAACCCCAUGCCUGUUUACUCAGAAGUAAGGUCCACUACAUUCAGUGGCACUGGCCACCAAGUAAGUGAGUACAGGAUUUCGGGCUUAUAAAACAUUAAAACUGCAGUUCUCACCAGCAUUAACCCUUAUCACCACAUGUCAGCCCACCAAGAAGGUCUCAGAAUGCUUCUGAAAUAUAUUUGGGGUUUAGUAAGUCUAAGGGUUUUGGUGCUGUCUCCAAGAACAGGUCUCCAUGUGUGUGUGAUGUUAUAACCUAGGCCACCGACCAUAUUUGAGGGCAUCCUAUUGUUGUCUGAGACAUCAUGAAUGGAUGUAAAGGCAACGGGUUCGAGUUUUAAAGCCCAGAACCGGCAAGGAUGUCCACAAAACAGCAUUGCUAAAGUGGAGCUUGCAAACAGUUGUCAAAGGCAGCCUCAUGCGGAUGUGUAAUAAUACAUUAGUCUCAGCUUAGUGUUUCGACACAUGAACGAUGUGCUGCUAGGUAGGUUUCUUUCGGAUGUUAAAGGUUGGAAUUUUAUUAUAUUUUUUAAUGAGAUGGAAUUGGUGAAUGUCACUUCUGGUCACUGCAGCAACCUGGAUUCCUUGUAGGAAAAUAAAAUACAAUAUAAGAAAAUACUAUUCUCUCCUCCCCGUCCUGCCAUCAGGCCUCCAUUCACUCUGAAGCCGCUUUGCUUCAUAAGGAUAAUUUGGGGGUUUACACAUAUAACAUAGUUCCUGCCUGUUGCUCAAUCCCAAAGCCACAUGAGCUUUUUAGUUUUCCUUCUGCCAGCAGCCCCCUUUCCCAAUAUCCCUUCAAUAAACUCACAAUGCCUUCUCUGAGGCACGAGAAGACCCUGUGAGAUAGGAGAAGUAAAAACCGACUGCCUCUGUUGCUUUGUGCCUCUGCUGGUCUUGGCCAAGGCUGAAAGCACCUUCAUAUCAGCCCGGAUAAACUCAUUUGGUUAGAGUGUGGUGCUGAUAAUGCCAAGGUUGCAAGUUCGAUUCCCAUAUGGGAUAGCUGCGUAUUCCUGCACUGCAGGGGGGUUGGACUAGAUCAGGCACCCCCAACCUUUGGCCCUCCAGAUGUUUCACACUACAAUCCCCAUCAUCCCUGACCACUGGUUCUGUUAGCUAGGGAUCAUGGGAAUUGUAGGCCAAAACAUCUGGAGGGCCGCAGGUUGGGGAUGCCUGGACUAGAUGCUCCUCAGGGUCCCUUCCAAUUCUGCAAUUCUAUGUUUUCUAUCUCCCUCUCAAGACAUGUUCCGAAAAGACAAACCUUUCAUAUUCUUUCUCUUGAUAACAGAAGUUGUGCCUCCUGUUAUGGAUUGAAUUAUGUGGAAAACCUUUCAGGUUCUCCUUUCUGCCCAUCCUCGAAAAAUGUUGCAACUCUAAAAUCAGUUAUGUAGUAGGAAGGGAGAAGUUUGAGCAACACAGGGUCUUCGUUCUUGCGCAUGAAGGGUUUGCCCUCUCCCUUCCCUCCUACGCAAAGCUUUUUCAUCCUGAAGUCUCUUCUUCAAAGAAUUCAGGUUGCCGAUAUGAUACGGGGUGAUAGUGCUUAUGAAGACUUGAAGGAGUAGUUUAAAAGAUGAAAGUUCACUUCUAAGUAUAAUUAGAAGGGUAGGGAUUCACUUUGAAGCAUUCCUGGGCAAAAUCAGAUUGCUUCAAAAUACCUGCAAUGCACUGUGCAGUUCAAGAAAAUAUAUAUAUUGAGCUGUUUAAGACUUUAUAAUUGGUAAAUAUACAGAACCAUGGAAGUGGGGGGGAAUCGACAACUGAUUGUAUAAGUAAAUUGAACGGAAUGCGAAAAUUUGUACGUAAUGGAAAAAAGCAUUUUAUUUUUUAAAAAGAGGAAGUUGUCUUGUUCAUAGUUGGGAUAAGCUGUUGUCAGCCCAGAACAUGGAAGACCAUUUUUUUUCUUUGGCUCUGUGGAGACAGUUCUCUGCUGGCCAGAUCUUGUCGCUCAUUUAGUUUUUAGAGAAGAAAAAACGAGGAACACGAAACACUCACAUCCUUUCGGUGUUUUAAAAAUUGAAGAUAAUCACAAUUGCACUUCGUUUCUUGAGCAAGGGGUAUAUGGCUUGCUUACAACCCCCCUUCUCUUUUAAAACACAAAAGAUUUAACUUCAAAAAGAGCAAAAGGCAUAUGUUGGAGUUAUAUUUAAAAUAUCACCGAGGAUAAUCUUAUUAAAACUCAGAAGGGAGUCCAGCCAUGCAAAGUCCUGUUUUGGUUGCUGAACAUAUACUAGGGAGAGAAUAUUUCACAACAGAAUAUUGAGGAACCCUGUCAAUUCCUUUCUGCUUGCUUCCUUUUUUAAUCCCUCCAAAGUGGGAUUACAUUUAUGCAAUAGUUAACACCUAUUCUAAAUAUUGUGUUUAAAUUUUCCGAACUCAGUUUAAUAAACUUCCCUUGUCAAAUGGAAACUCUUUUUAAAAGAAACGAAACCCUAUUUUCUUAGCGAUGCAACAGGUGCACAACAUGUGUGAGAUUUCAUGUGUUAUUAACCAGCAUUGGAACAGUUAAGGGGCCGCUAGAUUUCAAGGCUAUUUCUUGGAAAAUAAUCCACUUCUGUUCUUGCGUUCUGGCAGUAAAUAUUGUCGGCUAGAUCUCAGGCAUAGGCACCUAUCCAAAACAAACACCGUUGGAUAAGCGAAGUUUUAAUUUCUUGGAUGAAGGGGUGACAUUUAUUUCACAGAAGUGCGAACUACCCAUAUGCUUCAUUGUUUGUUUAUUUGCUGAUAGUCCGUACAGAGGAGAACGUUUUGUGUCUAAAGUUACUAGUUAGCUUCAAAGUUACUAUAGAUCAAGAGAGGACUUCCAUUUAGGUUUUAAUGCUCCAAGAAUAUGUUUGAAACUCAAAAUGAAAGCGGUCAAUGCAGAAUAGCAUUCAGUAUUGAGAAGCAAAUGAAGAAAAUAUUUGCUAUAGCUAUUAUGAAGACCUGCUAGCAUUUUAUAAUGCCUUUUAGAUGUUACCUUGGGAUUGGCAGAUGUAACCUAUACAAACAAACGUUAGUCUGUUCUAGUAGAUGAACAGUUAAAACCAGGAUCUUUGCAUCCUGUUCCUGACUUGGUUUCACUCUUUCAAACUCAGGCGCAAGUCUGUGUCUUGGUUUGCUCAUUUCAUUUACCAGCAUGUAAAAAUCCUGCUCACAUCUCCCAACAGGGUAGAGAGUAGAGUGUGGCAGAACUUUGUUAGCAAAAGUGGACUGGAUCCUUUAGCAUAUAGUCUUGAGAAUGAAUGAGAAUUCAAACUGAACAACAACAACAAAAAAGUUGUGCUUUAGAGAGAGCUGCAAAUGGCAAAUUUAUUGAAAGCAAUGUCCUGUUUAUGUGGUGUGUUUUUCAUUUGAAACAGGAAACAUUGCAAGGAGGAUUAAAAACUGUGCCAUCACUUUGUAUCUCUUUGAACAAGAUCAGACACAUGGAUAAAUUGAUUCUGUGACUGAUAGUUGUCUUUGUGGUGAUACCUGGUGGUGGUGGUUGUACGAGAUCUUCAAUGUGACUAAUUUAAAGCAUGUUGUGUGGUUGAUUAAAUGUUUUGAUAUUUUCUCCAAACUUUCAAACUCAUGCACUAUUUAAUUUCAUGGUGUAGGGUGGGUGGGUGUUUGUGUUUGUUUUAUGUCAACAUCACAAAUGUUUUGAUCUGUAAACCGCAUUCCGCCAAGAAAAUGCUGACCCAGUAAAAUAUACAAUCUGAACAAACUGUUCUCAAAGAUCAAUAUAAAGGGUUUGGUUUCAACUACAUUUUACUCAUAGUUAAUGCAUUGAUACUACCAGACUGAAGUUAGUUGUGUGCAUGAUUUUAAAUGGGUCCACUCUGAAUAUGGCUAACAUUGGAUAGAACUCAAGAAUCGUACCCUAAACAAAUCUACAACGUUCAUCUUUUGGAAGUGUCACGUGGAGUUCAGUUCUUAUUGCACCACUUCUACUCCCCUAAAUUUGGUGUGCAUGUCAGAUUUCGUAACUUUUAGUUGGAGAAGGAUGUGUGAGAGAAUUGCAUAACUCUACAAGCAGUUAAAUAUUUAUUGCUGUUUCAUUUUCUCUCUCUUGUCUUUCCUACUUUCAGAUGUAGGUCAUAAGCUUCUUGGGAAGGCAAGGUUCUGGUGUGUGUGUGUGUGUGUGUGUGUGUGUAUAACAUUACCAUGGAAGGCAUGGCGUGGUGUUAUAAAAGUAGAGAAACAAAUUUUGACUCUUCCCUUUGGAGUUUAUAUGAUGUGAUGCAAGUGUGCAAGUGUCCCACAACUCCAUUCCUCUGGUCGAUUAUUUUAUUUAUCUAUUUUAUCAGCCGGAGGUUCAGAAGUGUGAACUCCCCUGACCUGUGUAUUACUGAACUUUCUUUUUUUAUGGUUAUUAUAAUAAUAUAUUUAUUUAUACCAUACCCUUUCUCCUGACAAGACUAAAGUUGGCUUUUGGAUUAAAAACAAGAAUAGCUAAAAACAUGGGGGGGGGACAAUCAUUAAAACAAUUAAAUCUUAGUAGAAUUAAAACUAUAUACAUAUAUAAAAUCUAUUUAAAUCAAACAAAUAAGUUCAAUAAAAACUGCACCAGUCCUUUCAUUAAAAACAGUCAAUUCCCAAAAGCCUGUUGGAACAAAAGAACAACAAGGAGGGAGCCCUUAUUUAAAACAUAUAUACAAUAGAUGGAGAGGCAAAAACUCUAGAAGCUGCAGAGCAGGGAAACCCUCCUCUCUAUCUAAUCCCAUUAUUAAUCCCAUUAUUAUUGAACUUUCAGCUGAACAUUCACACGCAUUGUUGAUCCCAAAGUGUAGUAGCCGCAAAGAGCUUGUGUUUGAAGGAAGUCACAUGUACCGAUACAAUUGAUGCUGUCAUCUCUCCCCCCCCCCCCCGAUAUCGUGAAUCUUGUUCUGACUACUUCCUCCAGAUAUAUGCCAUUUAAGGUGUGUUAAGCUAAAAGCCAGGACGUGGGUGGCGCUGUGGGUUAAACCACAGAGCCUAGGACUUGCUGAUCAGAAGGUCAGCGGUUCGAAUCCCUGCAACGGGGUGAACUCCCGUUGCUCAGUCCCUGCUCCUGCCAACCUAGCAGUUCAAAAGCACGUCAAAGUGCAAGUAGAUCAAUAGGUACCACUCCGGCGGGAAGGUAAACGGCAUUUCCAUGCGCUGCUCUGGUUCGCCAGAAGCGGCUUAGUCAUGCUGGCCACAUGACCCGGAAGCUGUACGCCGGCUCCCUCGGCCAAUGAGCACCGCAACCCAGAGUCAGCCACGACUGGACCUAAUGGUCAGGGGUCCCUUUACCUUUUAAGCUAAAAGCCAGUGAUUUUCACCUUGAGAAUAGUUGGGCUUACGUUUAAGGCUGCACUUUCUAAGGGGAAGCGCCAUUCAACUCAGUGGUAUUUGCACUUUCAUAGGAUCAGGCUCCCCAUCGUUUUAAAUCAUUUAGCUUUACAGGUUCAUUGUAUUGAUAACAGAGCCUUAAUAGUUUUGGACUCCUCCAAUGGAUUGGCCAAGGCUACUGAAUACUUCUUUCCCAUGUGGUUAAAUGUACCUGUCAUCCCAUCAGACAUUACGGGAAAGAUAAGGUUUAACACACUUAGUCCCAUCCUUGCUUUUGGGACACCUGCCUAUACAUGUCCGAAAACUAUUUCUCCAUGUUCCAGGAAUAACUCUCCCAGAACGUGAAUGACCUGGGGGAAAUUUAGCUUAAGUGCCUGGAGAGAACCUCUCUCUCUCUCUCUUUCUGCUGUGGCCUUGGCUGAAUUCUGCCAGAGUACAGACUGUUGUGGAACUGGCUUGCAAAGGUGCACGAAAGCACAAUAUGCGUAGCUUGGGAUAUCAUCCAGGUUGCAGAGUGUCCUUGUAAGGCACUCGGAAGGGAUCAACAGAGAUGGUAUUGGAGCUUUUGCGCAAAAAGGGGUCUUGUUGGGGAAGCAAAACAAAAGGCAAUUUACAGAUUACCUACUGAAGGUUGUUCCAGAGAAGGGAAGCUGGAGGGGGAGUGAGAGAUACAAAAGGAGGCUGUGCGGUGAUGCUUCAGUGUCCGGGGAAAGAGAAGAGAGAUUGAAGCAGUGAAAGUUCGAAGGCAGGCAGGAGGAAGACCUUCUUUUCCCGUACUUAAGUGGGAAGCCAAUUUUCAGCACAGAUUUCUUACUGGUGUACUUUUUUUUUAUUAGACUCUGCCAAAUUUUCUUAUUGUACCGGAGUAAAUUGAUCCUCCUCCUGCAGCGUUUCGUUGCUGAUGUCAUUCGCAGCAAUCUGUAUACACAUUGUAGGAUUCUGAUAUAAUUUACUCAUUCUAGUUCUGUUUCCUUGCAGCAGGGGUAGCUUUCAAACCCUAUUUUUACCAUUUAGGGUAUCAAGACAGGGAUGUUAUUUAGCCCCUCUUCCUUUUAAUUUAUUUCAUAAUGGCCACUGGUCCCAGAUCUUUAUGCUGUCCUGUUCUCUGCUGGGAUACACUUAUUGCUGUAUGCUGCUGCUGUGCUGCUGCUUUCAUUGUCCAGAAUAGGCCUACAUAAUUUGAGGCGGGUGGUGGCAUUGUACUAAAAAUAGCUUGAUUACAAAUGAUAGUAAGUCUAAGGCCCUAAUGUCAUAAAAAGUAUGCAGUGGUACCUUGGUUCUCAAACUUAAUCCGUUCCGGGAGUCCGUUCGACUCCCGAAACCGUUCAAAAACCAAGGCGCAGCUUCUGAUUGGCUGCAGGAGCUUUCUGCACUCAAUUGGAAGCCGUGUCAGACGUUCAGCUUCCGAAAAGUGUUCGCAAACCACAAGUCUUACUUCUGGGUUUGCGGUGUUUGGGAACCGAUUUAUUUGACAACUAAGCCAUUCGAGAACCAAGAUACACUGUACAUGGGUUUUUAAUGGUAGUCAACAAGCCACAGAUUCAUAUAAAAUGCUUAGGUGUUCAGAUGUGAACUGUGGCUUUCUGCCCUGAGCAAUGAAAUCAGCCAAUUGAUUCUGCUAAUUGUAGUCAGCAAGCCAUCUUAAGGCUUUUUAUGGUCAGUUUCCUAAAUAUUUUUUUGACUGGACUUUAUUUAUACAGUGGUACCUCGGGUUACAGACGCUUCAGGUUACAGACGCUUCAGGUUAGACUCCUCUAACCCAGAAAUAGUACCUCAGGUUAAGAACUUUACCUCAGGAUGAGAACAGAAAUUGCGUGGCAGCGGCGCAGCGGCAGCGGGAGGCCCCAUUAGCGAAAGUGGUACCUCAGGUUAAGAACAGUUUCAGGUUAAGAACAGACCUACAGAACGAAUUAAGUUCUUAACCCAAGGUACCACUGUAUUAAUGAUCAUCAUCAUCAUCAUCAUCAUAAUUUAUUUAUACCCCGCCCAUCUGGCUGGGCUUCCCCAACCACUCUGGGUGGCUUCCAAAAAAUUUUAAAAUACUGUAAUACAGCAAACAUUAAAAGCUUCCCUAAACAGGGCUGCCUGCAGAUGUCUUCUAAAAGUCUGGUAGUUGUUGUUCUCUUUGACAUCUGGUGGGAGGGCGUUCCACAGGGCGGGCGCCACUACCGAGAAGGCCCUCUGCCUGGUUCCCUGUAACUUGGCUUCUUGCAGUGAGGGAACUGCCAGAAGGCCCUCGGAGCUGGACCUCAGUGUCCGGGUAGAACGAUGGGGGUGGAGACGCUCCUUCAGAUAUAGUGGGCCGAGGCCAUUUAGGCAUAAUACGAAAUCGGAUUGCUUUAUUCUAAAAUAAUGGAAUGUGUACAGUGUACAUUGUUUGGUUAGAAUGUUCUAACAUUUGCUGCUUGAUUUUGUUUUAAAGCAUUGUGCUGCGAUACUAGCAAGGUUGAAAAUACAAAGCUUUUCAAUAACAGAAUGCAGUGAGGAGGUGCUUGUUGAGCUGACUUUCUAAGUUGUCCUGAAACAAAUUCUGUUGCGGUGGCACAGAAGAUACAGCCAGAAUUUCGGUCUUCGUGGGUCCUUAGAGAUUCUGAGAGAGGCAACUAGUUUCACGUUGCCUGCAAUAGUAACUUCAGUUUUAAAUAGACUUCUGAAAGUUCCCAGACAUGGCAGGUGGCUAAACAACAAAGCACAGUUAUUCAACAGUUGUUUUAAAGGUAGCAUUGCAAAAUGUUUUUGCUUUGCACUUCUGUUUUUCUGGUGGAUUUGGGGUAUGUGUGGAAACUUGGUAAAAAGAAAUUCCAAAGUUGGAGCUGCCAGUGAAAACAUAAUUUACAUGGUGUUCCAUUUGAUUGGCAUUGCCACUUGGAGCAGUGAAUAGUCCAAAACCAUUUUGAUGCCUGAGAAAACCUUGCCCUCUCCAGAGAUUUACAGAAGAUAGAAAGAAGUACCAGUAUAUGAAUUAUUUGAAGAGCAACUGUAACCAACAAAUUACACUAGUAGGACUACAAUAAGUUUUGUAAGGAGAAAUAUAUGAAGUGUUACAAAGUAGAAAAAGAUAGAGAUAUUGGUUUUGAGUUUGAAAUGUAAUAGGGAAAAUAAGAAAUGCAUACUAAGAGAUUAGAUUGGAAAAUUUUCAGACAGGACUGAUGGAAGUCAAAAAAAAUUGAAUAGGAUGUAAAAGAAUGUUUAAUUACUGUUGAAAAUGAUACGUUAAAAAACUAAUAAGCAUUUAUUUAAAAAAAGAGAGAGAAAACCUUGCCCUCUCCCUCUCACUAAUUGGGUACAUUGCUCCACUCUUUUACAACUCCUGUGCAAGAGAACUUGCCUUUGGAUUGUGCUCCAAUUCACCAGAUCUGCCUAUGUCUUCCACCUUUCAUGGCACCUCCAAACCAGCCUGAUUCACCUGCCUCUCAUUGCUCAUUUCCCUCUGUUUCUGUAGUUGGUGCUCAGUGUGACAUGAGGGCAAGGAGCCCAUGGUUUUCAAACUACUUGACAGACUUGAGUUGCAGGAAGUUGAAAUGCCAGUGGGGCUUUUAACUUUUGUUCUGAGUUGAGUUGUUCCAGAUUUGGUUAUUCCCUUCAACAAAGGCAUCACCAGUUCAUUGAGUUUCCUUUCUGGCCGUGUCCUUUCAUCUUGUCAUUUGAAAUAAAUUAAAACAAUUCUUUAAAAUGAUAGUUUAAAAGACUCUUCUUCUUUUUAAGAAGAGUCCUUUUAACUGUCUUUUUAAAGAAUUGUUUUAAUUUAUUUUGACUACUGCAGACCAACACGGCCACCUUCUUGAAUCUUGUCAUUUGGUUUGCAUGAUGUCCCUGAAUAAUAUUAAUCCUCAUUUAUAUGUGACUCCCUAAAGAUUUAACCUGUCUUAUUCUACAUUUUUGUAUGUGUGUGUGUACAUUUGUGUGUGUGUGGUUAUAGAUGGUAGACAUGUAUUGGCACCUCUCCCAUCUUGGGCUAGGGGACCUGUACUAGCAGGAGAUCAGGCCUGGGAUUGUUAUCCAAACAUAUGCACCUUGACUAUUGAACCUUGUGAUUCAUUUGCUCUCCUCGCCUCACUGCUGUGCUGGGUGCCCUCAUUUUCAUGGUGCCCAUCCCCAAACAAACCUCUUUUCUACCUUCCUUUAUUGGAGAGAAGUGGAAGAAUCGUGGUACCUCGUCGGCAACCCUACAAUACAUUAGAGAAUUGCCACAAUUGUCUUUUUUUAAAAAAACAACUGAGAGCCUUUGGGGAAAACCAGAAUAUGGUUGUAGGGGUCAGCAAACUUUUUCAGCAGGGGGGCAGUACACUGUCCCUCAGACCUUGGGGGGCUGACUAUAUUUUGGGGGGGGGGGGAAUGGACAAAUUCCUAUGCCCCACAAAUAACCCAGAGAUGCAUUUUAAAUAAAAGGACCCAUUCUACUCAUGGAAAAACAUGUUGAUUCCCGGACCGUCCACAGGCUGGAUUGAGAAGGCGAUUGGGCUGGAUCCAGCCCCCAGGCCUUAGUUUGCCUACCCUUGAUUUAGAGAGACAGUUCAAAUCAGGACUGGUGGCUUGCAGGACGAAGGUCCCAGUCUAAGUGUCCACGUGGCUUUGUGUUAGCCAAAACAUAUAGGGGGGAAUGCAGAGCAGCAACUGCAUGGGGGAUGCUGGUGGUUACAAUAAUUGUCUUUCCUACAAUUCUUAAAUUUCCCUGAGUAAAUAAUGUUUAUGUUUUCUUAUUUUUCCCUCCCCCAGAACUGUAGUCACGCCAAUUCAGUGACCCUGCCAGAAACACUGCUAUUUGUUUCAACUCUGGAUGGGAGUUUGCAUGCCGUUAGCAAAAGGACGGGGUCAAUCAAGUGGACUUUAAAAGAAGGUGGGUAUGAAAGAUGUCAUCUUGCCUUCAUUUCACUAACUUUGAUAACGGCAAAGUCAACAUAAUGUUGGAAAUGGUUCCAGACAUUGGAGAAACCCGGCCACAUUCUGAACAGCCUGACCCCUUAUGCAUGUUUACCUGGAGGAAAGUCCUGGCUUCAGAUGGCUGACCUCCAAGUGAGUUUGGAGGGGAUUGCAGUCUUCUGCAAGUCCCAAUGAGUUAAAUGGGAUUUAUUACCAAGCAAGUGUGCUUUAAGGAUGGCAGCUCAAGACUAUCUGCUUAUCGUGGCGGCUCAUCUGCAAGAAUCAUAGGAAGCUCUGUGGUUUUUAACGUCUGCCUUUAACUCCUUGAAACAUUAAGCAAAGUAUUGUCAUUGUGGGUGUAGCUUCUAAGGUUUUAUAUCUAUGUGGCGGGUGGGUUAAUUGCAGCACAAAGUGGAAUCACUGUGUUACAAAAUGUACAUCCAUGUUUGGCCUCUUUAGGACCAGCAGUCAUGAUCUGCGAAGACUUUGUCACCAGAAACCUACAAUAAAGUCUCUGCAUCUAGGUGCCUGUUCCAGGGCUUCUGGAGUGCUAAGCUUAGACUUUGCUAUUAGGGCUGCCUGAUGAAGUAUAGCCAUCUAGUUGCUGCUGUUCUCCAUCUAAGAGUGGAAGAAGCUGCCAUCUGGAUGCGCCAUCAUUUUGCUUCUCUGAGAUGAAUAUUUGUAUCUGUAGUGGGGAAUAUAUUGAUCCUUGCAAGGGCCAUUUCUUAACUGCUGCCACCAGUCUUCUAUAUUGAUAAUCCAGGACAGACACAUGUUAGGAUGAGCAUUCCUGACUAACUUCGAGGCCAAUUACCUAACUCUUAUUGGAGCUCUUCUCUUUGGAAGGCCCAUAUUAAUAAUUGUGUAAUCUGAUUUUGUUUUGGAAAUAGCCUAAUUGGCUUGAGAGUAUAAUAUCAGGAUGUUUAUUUGCUUUUUUAAAUAUUAUAAAAUACAUGGCAGGAUAUAGCUUGCAUAGCAAAGCCUGCUUUUCUUUUCUUUUUACACCGAUGGCUUUGACUUAUGCACUGACCAACAAUAAGGGACAAGAGAUUCCAAGGAGCUGGGAUAGGGAAAACACUCCAUUUACUUUCGUUGCUGACCUUAGUUUUAAAGCAAAUGUAUUGCGAAAUACCACUGCUACAUUAGAACAGUCAGACUGGAUAAUCCAGUUCUAUAGAAAGUUUUACUGCAUUUGUACUGUUCAUUUGGAUCCUUAUCUGUUGAUGCAUUGUAAGGUGCUUAAUACUCAUUGGUUUGGUUCCAUAUACAAAUUAAAAAGUGUUCUGUAUGCUAAAAGGAACAUUAAGAGUCAGUAACAUCAAGGACUUCUUUUGAAAGCUUUCCUGUGUUCCCUGUUAUGAAAUAUCUUGGAUCGGGAUACUAUGGGAAUUGAGUUUGCCAGUUACACUCUUCAAUGCAGAGCUGUGACAUUUGAGACAUCUUUGACGGUGACUAUUCUGGUAUAAGCCUUAUCAAAUGAUGUCCCACCUGUAGUUGAGUAUUCAUCCUACUUCUCAGUUUGUUUUAAAUACUUAUUUCCCAGAGGUUGGCAUUCCACAUGUUGGGAAAAAACACAUGCUGGACUAAAUGAAUAAUUUCUCUCAUAUCAUAGGUUUCGCCUUACAUUGUUUUGUUUUUAAUAUAUAGUAUUAAUCUGCAAUGCCUAGCUAUAUGCUGAGUAAAGGGACGACAACACAGGAUAUGGGUUUGGGGUUUUGAUUUAGUUGGGUGCCUUUGUCACAAAAUGUUUAUCAUGACUGUUGACAUGUAAAACAUUGAUAUUAUCCAGGAUUUUUACAGAGCCAGGAAGGAUGUGGGAGAGAGAAAUGGCCCUGGUAGGAGUAGUCUUUACUUUGCAGAGAUUUAAAAUAACAAGUUGGUCUUGGUAACUGACAAUUGAUAAACUCAAAUCAGAUAGAAGAAAAAUAUGCUCUGGCCUUUUGACAUUACCUGCAGCAGUGCAAAGCAGUUAAGGUUUUCCCCCUCAGGUAUCCUUUGAAAAACCUGAAAUGCAGCAAUCACUUGAGAAAACGCACUUCUCCCUGCUUUAGAGAAUAUGAAACUGCGAAACAGCGUUCCUGCAAAGCUUUUGGGGCAUAACAUGAUAGUUAUUUGCCUAUAAAAGUAACUAUUGAACAAGUUUUGCAGUGUAUAUUUGUGAAUUGGACAACUCGGUUUCCCCCCUACUCAAUGAGAUACUUGUGUAUGCUUUUUUAGGCCAAUGAUGGGAAUCCUGUGGCCCUCCAAUUGUGGCCAGGCUGCAUAUCCCUCACAUUCCCUGACCAUUGGUCAUGCUGGCCAGGGCUGAUUGGAGCUGUAGUCUAGCAACACCUGAAGACCACAGAUUCCUCACCUCUGCUUUAGGCCAGUCACAAACACCAGUAGUUUGACAAGAACAUGGGAUAUGCAGUCUUUGCUGUGUGUUGAUUGAUCCCCUUUUUAAAUGAUGUAGUUCAACAGGGUUCCAUCUACCUAGCAACUUAAAAAAGCAAUUGCUUCAUGCAAACAUUGUGCUAUAUAAGUCUACCCUAAAUCAUGCUAAUAAAUAGAGAAAGAGGUCGGCUUUGCUCAGAGCAGUAUUAUACUAUUAUGCUUUUAGGGUAUGUGUCCUAUUAACUGAAAAUUAGCAGUUUUUGUAUAUCCUCUUAGAGGCUAUAGUUUCCUGAGAACGCUUAAUUAAAAGUUUCUGAUGGGCACAUAUGUUAGUCUAGACAAGGCCAACAAGAUGUUGGGAAUUGUAGAGCAGGCAUGUACAGUGGUGCCUCGCAAGACGAAGUUAAUCCGUUCCACGAGAGUCUUCGUCUAGCGGUUUUUUCGUCUUGCGAAGCAAGCCCAUUGACGGAUUAGCGCUAUUAGCGCUAUUAGCGGUUUAGCGGCUAUUAAAGGCUUAAAGGCUUAGGGGAUUAGCUGCUAAAAGGCUAUUAAAGGCUAUUAAAGGCUUAGCAGAUUAGAUAAAGGGGGAAAGCGAAAAAAAUCUCAAGACUCGCAAGAUAUUUUCGUCUUGCGAAGCAAGCCCAUAGGGGAAUUCGUCCUGCGAAGCAACUUCAAAACGGAAAACCCUUUCGUCUAGCGGUUUUUCCGUCUUGCGAGGCAUUCGUCUUGCGGGGCACCACUGUAAUAAACAGGUUGGUAGAGGGCCUGGUACAGGAAUAUGUUCAUAAUCUUGCAGACAGAGUCUUAUUUUAACUACAGACUGCUAGGGAGCCCAGGGAUCUGUGCUGCUAAAACAACAGCCUUUUCCUGUUAAAAAUGGGUUACAUAGACUAUGAACAAGGCAAAAGGAAAUUUAUUUGCCAGUUUGUCUAUAAUGGGGAGCAGACAUGUAAUAGGGGCCUGUAUAAUAAGGUUCCUGGUUCAGUACCUGAUAUCUCUGCUGAAAAGCAUCUUUGGUAACAGGCUUGUGUAAAGUCACAACCUUGGACAGACAGUGUUGUGCCUGGCAGACAAACAAAAUCCAGUACCUGAAAGGGAGAGUUUCUGCAUUUGAAGCUGUGCAUCAUGCAUGAAUAUAUGAACCAUACUUAUCAACAAUAACUAAACAAACAUUCCCAGUUAAAAUAUUUACUGGCUAAAGGUUUGGAUGUGCUCUGGAAAGGAAAUCAACUUUGCUUCAAUCAGUUGGCCCGGUUCGCAUGUCACAGCAAACCAUAGUUUAUGGUUCCUCUGUGUGUACUGACCUGGGCUGUUUCACUGCCCCCCCCCCCAAGCAUAUGGAGAAUACAAACUACUAUAGCAAACUUAGCAUUAUAUGUGAACCAGAUAACAUUAUUUGCUUUGCUUCAGACAAACCUUGAUGAUAAGGCAAGGUUUGUUCUUGGCUUAGCAGUUGUGGUUUGUUUGAGUGAAACAGUGAUCCCUGGUUUGGACAUAACAGCUAUGCCAGGGUUUGGAGUUUGUUUUCUGUGCAUGCUAGCAGGGAGGAGCAAAGUAGGUGCAAUUGGUUGGUACGUGGUUAGCUAUGGUGACAUGUGAAUGCUGCCAUUUGAAGGAACAAAAACUUUUUAAAAAUGUUGCAGUCAUAAAAACUAACCUGCCACAUUCAAGCAGGCCUUAGCCAUGAGGCUUCAAAAGGAGAUGUUUAAAGUCAACCUUGGGUAUUAUUUUUUUUUAAAAAAAAUCAAGAUAAAGCAGUUUUUGUGACCCUUUCAGGAAAAGAAACUGGAAAAAACUGCCCUGGUCAUUGCUCAAGUUCAGUUUUGAGCUGUCUUUCUAACCUGAACAGCUUAUUUCUUCCCAGAUGAGAUGUUUCUGUCCCUAAUCUGUUCACCAAGGCAACUUGCAAAGUCAGUUGGUUACUUGCCUUGAGCAAUGCCUUGAAUAUUAUUUGAACUCUUGAAUUCCACAGAGCCACUACCUAUUUUCUUCUUUUAAACACUUGAGAAAUAGCCACCAUGUUCUCCUUCCUUUCUUAUUUUUUUAUUUAAACCAGUUGGUUUCAAACAAAUACUUUAGGCCAUGGUUCUUCUUUCUCUUGUUUCAUUCAGUUGCUGUGUUUGAACAUCCAGAUUAAUCUUAAUUAUACCAUAUGCCAGGAUGGGCAAUGUAUGGCCUGUGUCCAGAACAUCCAGGUGAAUUUUGCUUGGCUCUUCUAGCUACUAGUAAGGUCAAUAAUCUCAAUUCUUUGGAUUUUGUUCCUUAUGUAGCCAAAAUGCUACUAGAGGGAAGGUAUCAACAGGCUUGGGAAUACCCACAGUUUCAGAAGUUUUUUUGGGUUUUUUUAAAGCUUGGGAGAUGAGAAACCUCCUGGUAAGUUUCCUCUGGAGAUGGGGUGUGGAAUGGAAUACCCUGGAAAGGGCAUGGCUGGCUGGUUCGGACCUGAAUUCAAAACAGCAACAUGUUGUUGCAGAUCCCCUUUGUUCCUUUCCUAAAACAUCUCUCUCACCCUUAUUGUUUCUGACAGCAACUCAAAAACAUGGGAUACUUAUGUAUCCUAAAGAUUCAGAAUUAAAAAGGCUGAUUGUAAACUGCUGUGGGGCUUGUUUGUUUGUUUGUUACAAUCAAGCAUUAUAUAACUUAUGAAAUAAAUAAAAAAAAACCUCGAUUUGUAGGAGGGGAGAUAUCUUCAGAAUUUUAAAGUUCAUGGUUUUACGAGUAAAGUGGUACCUCGGGUUACGUUACUUUACUUUACAAGUAAAGUGGUACCUCGGGUUACAGACGCUUCAGGUUACUUACGCUUCAGGUUACAGACUCCGCUAACCCAGAAAUAGUACCUCGGGUUAAGAACUUUACUUCAGGAUUAGAACAGAAAUCAUGCGGCGACAGGGGGAGGCCCCAUUAGCUAAAGUGGUACCUCAGGUUAAGAACAGUUUCAGGGUAAGAACGGACCUCCAGAACAAAUUAUGUUCUUAACCUGAGGUACCACUGUACUUUGGACGUUGGCCAAGGUCAGAUCUAUUGAGGGUGUUCAGGGUCUGUUCGGAAAGAUUGUUGUCUAGACUGAGCCUUUUGGAUCCUACCAGUUGAAAACAAGUCCCAAUACUUGCAUCUUCAGUUCCACUAUUAAGGAACUGUGGGAAUGUAACAUAAUACAAGCAAAAAAUAUUUGGUAAUCCUUCAUCAUUGUCAUGCAUCAGUGAAAUUUGUACUGCCAUGGACGUGCUUGAGAUUUGAAGAGCCUAAAAGGCAGCAACAAAAAACAGACAAAGUACUGUUCCUCUGUCACACUAUUUUGGAACGAUCGUCAGCUUGAAUGUGUGGGCCCUGGGCUGGGUUGUCCUCUGGUUUAGGAUGGGUUGAGGCACCAUUUGAGAUGUGUGUUUAAGAAAAGGAAAGGAAAAAGAGGAAAGGCGGGGGCAAAGAAAAAGACCUGCAGAAAGAGACGGGCAUAUGACUAGCUAAAAAUUACCGUAUUUUUUGCUCUAUAGGAUGCACUUUUUCCCUCCUAAAAAGCAAGGGAAAAUUUGUGUGCGUACUAUGGAGCGAAUGCGGGGGGAGGCAGGCGGGAAAAGCCCCCCACCUCCCAGAAAAGCCAGGAGAAGCCGUGCAGCCCUUUUAAAGAGCGCGCGGCUUCUGCCGGUUUUGCGGGAGGUGGGGGCUUUUGCGAGAGGUGAGGGAAUUUCCCCACCUCCUAGAAAAGCCAGCAGAAGCCGCGCAGCCCCUAUAAACAGCGCACGGCUUCUGCGGGAGGUGGGGGAAUUCCCCCACCUCUCGCAAAAGCAGGAAGAAGGUCUGGGAGAAGCUGCUCCCAGAGCUGGGGGGGGGGGAUCAUAUUUUUUCCCCUUGAUUUCCCCCUCUGAGAACUAGGUGCGCCCUAUGGUCAGGUGCGCCCUAUGGAGCGAAAAAUACGGUAAAUGGAUCCUCAGAUUGGGGGUCCAGAUGGGUGCUUGGUCUGAAAGUGAUAAAAAAACCCCACUAAUGCAUAAAGCUAUAACCUACACUUCCGUGUACGUAUGUGAAAACAGUGCCUGUACAAUAAUGCAUGUCAAAGAUUUGGCUGCCUGUUCUGCCUUGUGUACACAUGGUGGAAAAACAAACAAACACAGUAGGCGAUAGGUUGCUGCUGUUUGGGCACAUGGCAAAACAGACGUUUGUGGUAUCCUACCGAGAUUAAAUGUGCCUUUAUAAAAGUUGUUUGGCAAGCAGGAAUUGAACAGGGAUGGCAUUAGCUACUGGUGUGGAGAUCCAGUAAUGGGAGGAAACAUGAACAGCUAAGCUUUGCCAGCAAAAGGUGGCAGCCCUGAUUAUACAGAAGAGAUUGCCUGGCGCAAAGCAGUCCGGAGCCUGCCUGUAAGAGGCCUGCCUGUUCUUAUUUCUUUGCUCUUGCAUCAUUUUGUUUGCUUGAGGAGGAAGCUGAUCUAAAAACGUUUGUAGCAGCAGAUAUUGUUUGCUUGUAGACCUGUUGUUUUUUUUUAAUUCACUGUACUUACUGCUUUAAUCUGCUGAGGCCAGGGUUUUCUGUUAAAAAUCUCUUAUUUCUAAAUUUUUCCAAACACUUAAAAUUAUUCCAGGCAGGUGAGGAUGCAGCCGUGUGCCUGUCUUCUGUGUGUUUUCCACUUAACAAGCAAUAGAAGGAGAGAGAAAACACUUCAGGCUUGUACAGCUGUUGAAUGAAAGCACUAGUGGAAACGUAUGCCUGUUUACUUGGAAGUAAGUCCUAUCCUUUCAGUGGGACUUACUCCAAGUAAGUGUGCAUUAGAUGUAAUCCUUAAACAAUUUGCGUGUGCACACACACACACACACACUUUUAUUUCCCUUACUCCUCAAACCUAUGUGACAAAUACAUUUCUAGCGUCCAAAGCUUUUUCAGAAGCACAGGUCAGAGGCGAUAAUUUUUCUGAGGAGUAGUUGCUGGAAACCACAGGAGGGGCCAGUGCUCAGAUCCUGCUUUGUGGGGCUUCCUGUAGGCAUCUGGUUGGCCAUUGUGAGAUCCAGGUGGUGGUUUAGAUGGGCUUCUGGCCUGAUCCUAUACUGUUCUUCUUGCAUUCUUAAAUUAGCUUCGACGCACUGGGGUCCUUUUGUGAUCCUGUGGCGUUGCUCUUUCUGUGAGCAGCUGAUAGUGGAAUUAAAAUAACACCAUAUUCCCCAUUCCAUUCCCCAGACGCAAGAUCCUAAUAUAUGUGUAGCAAGUUCAUUUUCAGCAAAGAUCCAGCUUCUCUAUUUGUAAUCAAUUUUUUUUAUUUUCCACAUUUAUAACAAAUCUAACAUAUAAAAGACACAAAACAAAACACAUUACAAUACUAAAAGAAAAAAGAAAGAAAAAUAAAAACACUUAUAACUUCUAAAAUCCAAAUUAACUUUCAUUGUUAUCGACUUCCUCAAAUCCCCCCAACUGAAUUUCAUUGUGACACCUUUGUAACAGUUCUCCAAGAUCAUCUUUCUAAUAAAAUUAACUCCUUCAAUUUACUAUCUUCAUCUCUUUUCUUAUUGGCGUAAAUCCAAAAGAUCCAGCUUCUCUCCGCUCUUGGCUCUUUAAUUAGUGGUUUCCUUCCUGCAACUUUCUUUUAAAGUGGCUUAUGUCCCUUAGCUGAGGAGAAACAUGGGAAAACACUAAAAAGAAAAUAGUAGACUGGCAAUAAUGAGGUAAACGGUUGCCCAUUCUGGAGGAAACUGCUACAGUCAGAGAGAGGAACUGAGCGCUUUUCACAAAGCAUCCCUCUCUCCAAGUCUUAUCUCUUGAAAUGAUCUUCAAUGCAGGUGAUAUUCUGCCCCUUACACUUAUCAGGUUUCCAUCAGCUCUCUGUCAUCUUGAACAUUACAGGGCAUCUAUUACUCCGUGACAAGGGAACAGAUCCUUACGUUUCUGGGAAGUUUAGUGGAGUCAAGGGCCAUACAGUGAUACCUCAGGUUACAUAUGCUUCAGGUUACAUACGAUUCAGGUUACAGACUCCCAAAAAUAGUACCUCAGGUUAAGAACUUUGCUUCAGGAUGAGAACAGAAAUCGCGCAGCAGCAGCGGCGUGGCGGCAGCGGGAGGCCCCAUUAGCUAAAGUGGUGCUUCAGGUUAAGAACAGUUUCAGGUUAAGAACGGACCUCCGGAAUGAAUUAAGUUCUUAACCUGAGGUACCACUGUACAGUGCAAUUGGCAUAAAUUAUACAGUGGUACCUCGUUAGCGGAGUCUGUAACCUGAAGCGUAUGUAACCUGAAGCAUCUGUAACCCGAGGUACCACUGUAAUUUGCAAUAAUAAGAUAAGCAAAGACAGGUUCCUGCUCCAAAGAACUUUCAACUGUUUUUUAAUGGUACAUAAUAGGGGAGGGGCAAAAGUGAUAAAAUAGUUGAGUAGGUGGGACGAAAUGAGACAAGCUAAGAAAUGAUACGUGUGAACAGUGAGCUGGAUGGGGGGGAAACUUUCCAAACUCAGAAACGUUCAAGUGGUAUAUCAAGGCCCACAUUAUACCUAGGCCGCUGCCCAGCCUUUCCUUCUUGGGUCUUGUUAUUAUUGGGACUUGGUUCCUGCAAACCUGUAAUCUCCUUGACAGGUGAAGCAGGUGACGGCAGCUUUAUCAUAGACUACAGGCUUGAUAUGAGGUCAGGAUGUUGAAUUGCUUUCACCUCAACUUUUUGCUGUUUUUGUUUCUGCAGAUCCUGUACUUCAGGUGCCUCUACAUGUGGAAGAGUAAGUCUGCUCUCUUUCUUUCUCCCCCCUCCGCCCCUGAUUCCUGCAGAUACAAACCUGGACAAGUCGUCCAGGCAAACGCUUUAUAGUUACAGGGGUGGUCAGUGAAUUAGCCCAGGUAGCUGAUGCAAAGAUCCCAGUUCAGUAAGAUGAAUAAUGUGCUUGCAAACGAUAGUAUAUGAAUGCAUGAGGGAAAGAUGUUUCCAGUCCAUUCCAUCCUCAGAAUCUCCCUUUGCCGAACUCCACAGACGAAGUGGGGAGACUCCAGAACUCUAGAAGGGAUCAGAAGGCUGCUUUUGCCAUAAUCUGGUAUUUUUGGAUUACCAGUCGAAUAUUUACACUAGGAAAGGGAGACAAAUUCAGCCCUUGUUCCAUUCACUUAGCCCACAAACAAACAAACAAACUUUGUCUUCCCAAUAGACUGUGAGUUAGGUAGAAAAGGUUUCUUCUUGCAAAGUGAUUUUCAGUUGUGCAAGGGGGUCACAGUUGUCUCUGAUUUCUGUUUAUUUCCUCUUUGCCAAUGCAGCCCUAAUACUUCCCACACUGUUCCUGAGGUUCCACUGACCCCCCAGGACAGGCUUUGUGGGGAAAGGGGCAAAAGACCAAAGUGGAAGCCUCAUUCUGCAAGCACUUUCAUAGUUCUUAGCCCUAGGCUUCUAAAAAUCCUUGGCCAUAUUUCCAUUUUAAGUAGAUUGUGUGGGCCUGUUUAGCAGCUUGUUCCGAGCAUAUUAAUUUGGGAGCAAGUUUCAUUGUCUUCUAAGUGAGCACACUUAGUUAUUGUGCUGUAAAAGUGAUUUUUGAGUUGCAUUUCAUUACAAAGAUGCCGGGAAGCCUUAUGCUGACAUUGUGCUUUCCAGAAUAUUAUUUUAUUUAAACGAAUGCCCUAUAGCUAGCUGAUCUCGCCAGCUUUUUACUUGGCCUGUGGCCAUACUUUUAACUAAAUCAGAAAUUAACACACUGGGAGUUUUUUUAGUGACUUAACUCUAUGCUAAAAGAAAAUUCACCAGUUCAAUUUCUGCACGUCAGGCUGCUGUUAAAGCCAGCAGCGCAAGACGAGUAAAACAUGUUAACUUACAGUAAGUGUGGUUUGUUUUGAUGUCAUUUAGGAGAAGCGUUAUUGCAAACAUUCCCUAGAACUAAAAUAUAACCUGGCUUGUCCAAAAUGUAGUCACCCUUAUAAGAAUAUUGUGGUGGAGAACAAUAUGGUCUCUCAAGACCAGGGCUCCGUAUUGCCAUGGAAAGUAUUCUAAGAUUUAAUUUUCAAGAUGGCAAAACCUACUGCCAACUAGUUUCCAAACAUACUUAACAUUUUAAAAAUCUGGUUUUUGCAAACAGAAACCUGUGUGUACCAAUUCCAAAGUGUGACUGUAACUAAGCUGUCAUCAUCAAGUUAUUUCAUGUAACAUGACUUGGUAAUUGAAGUCAAUGGUGCUAUUCAGAUAUAACAAAUUUCAGAAUGAUAAACCAUGGCUUUACCCUGGUGGAAACAGAUGUUCACAUGCUUCCUUCCCCCUUCUGCUGUGCACCUUAUUUCCAGACUUAAACCAGUUUCCUAUUAUGUCCAAACAGGGAAAUAGCGGCCACUUGUUCUCUCCUCCCUUCUCUUUUGAUCUGAAAUCUGAUAUUUCCAUACUUUCCUGUGACAUUUGGGCAAUCCCUACAAGCCAGGAUAUCAAACCAGAAUUUGAUCCUGGUUUGAUAUCCAAGUUUAUGGAGAAAUCUUAAACCAUAAUCUCUCCAUUCAAGAUUUCCCCAUAAACUUGGAUAUCAAACCAGAAUCAAAUUCUGGUUUGAUAUCCUGGUUUGUAGGGAUUGCCCAAACCACAAUUUAAGAAGGGUGGCUUACAGCAUCAAUCAUCGCAGCAAUAACUAAAACUAUUUACAUAGCACAGCAGACAAAACAAAUUCGGUUAAACACCAGAUUACCUUCUCCCCAAAGCCAGAAUGAACAAAUGCACCUUUAACAUUUUCACAGUGGGCAAGGCAGAUACAAUUCCCCCCUCCCUUUUGGUUACCCUUUCCUAUACGGAGGUACCUCGGAAGUCAAACGGAAUCUGUUCCGGAAAUCUGUUCAACUUCCAAAACGUUUGGAAACCAAGGCACGGCUUCUGAUUGGCUGCAAGAACAUCCUGCAGCCAAUCGGAAGCUGCGUCGGAUGUUCAGGUUCCAAAGAACGUUCACAAUCUGGAACACUCACUGCCAGGUUUGCAGCUUUGGGGAGCCAAAAUGUUUGACUCACAAGAUCCAAGGUACGACUGCAGUCUUUUACAGAAUGUCCAAGAUAUUUAUCUUUGAAGCACAAAGUUGAGUCCUGUCUGGCAUAGGUAGCUGGUAGAAUGGACUGUGCUUCGUCAGGGUGCAAGGCGAGGGGUGCCAUUUUUCAUGCCUGCCUGCAUUAACAAAACAAACACAAUAGCAUGUGGGCUGCACUCAGAGCCGGCCCACCCAUUAGGCAGGAUCGGGUGGCACCCGCAAGGGGCAGCACCCCUGUUCUGCCACCCAGUGUUGUCGCUGGUUUCCCCUGGCCUCUAAUGGUAGAGAAGGACUGGUGGCAAAGCUCUGUGGGAAUACCAGCCAUCCUGCCAGGUCGGCUGGGGCGGGGCACUCCGCUUCUCAGCUUUGCUGCCAGGGUGGUUGUGGAGCUCCCCCCGCCCCGCCCUGGCAGUGUGGCAGGUGCUGAAACACCUUGGGCUGCCCCCAGCUGGGCUAAACCCUUUCCUUCUGGAGUUCUAGCAUUUUUGCUUUUUGUUCUACUUGGGUGAUGUUUUUCAUACCGGAGAGCAUUCAAAAUGGCAUCCUUCGAUCUGAAGUUGUGCAGCCUUGCUCUGCACCCCAGAACUCUUAUCAUUUUCUCUAGUUGCAUGUCGAGAUUAGGGCUCCCCCCCCCUUUUAAAAUCAGUAGUUAGAAUUCUACUUUACUCUAAUUAUUCAGGUGAGAAUAAAGACCCUUAGCCAUAAAGUGCAUUUAGAUUUGUACUUUUCUAUCAGCUAACAAAUUACAGUCCUUUGUGGUACUAGAUCUGAAGAUUUAUGGAAACAGCAAUGUACAUACUUAAAAUAAAGGAAUGUUUUCAGGAAGGAGCACUGAAGACUGGAACAGAGUCAUUAAACUAACAUCAAUGGAAAGGUGGCACGUUACUUGCAAAAUGACUGUGUUUAUCCUGUCCCACAUGGGACUGGAUCUCUGGUGAUUUCAUGUGCUGUGCCGAGUUAAAAAAACACACACCACAUUUUACUUUCCCCCCCUAAAGAGAGAGAGAGAAGUAGCUGCCUUCACCAGGAAGCAAAAACUGAAUAUUGUUGUGCUCGCCCCCGAUGCACAAUAUUAAUUGCUGUUUUAAUAACUUCUUAAGUCCUAGACCAGCCUUUCUUCCCGAUCCGAAUGAUGGAAGUCUGUACACGCUUGGUGGCAAGAAUAAUGAAGGCUUGACCGUACGUAUAACCUAAUCGGACAAUAGCUGCAUUGUUUCAAUAGAAUAAGACACACGGUGACACAAGCCAUGCUUUCUUUUAGCACACUCAAAGGCUAUCCCUGCUGCUCAGAGCAUGUCUUUCUGCCAGCCUUGAUUUUUUUAAAAAGUAACUCUGCAGAAAGAAGCCUUCCUAUCCUUUACCUAUACCUAUCUUUAUUCCAGUGCAUGCAAACAAAUCUAGUCUUGUGGUUGAAAGUUUUCCCAUUCUGGUUCAGGGGCCAAGGAUGUCAUAGUUCACCAAUUCAUACAUAACUGCAAACUUGAGAUUUGCCUGAGCUCGGAAGUUGAACGGGAAAAUUGGAACAGGCAGGGAUGGGGGUAAGAAAAGGCAGGAAGAAUUGUGAGCCCAGUUGUCCUUUGGUGUUACGUGAGAAUCAGCCUUGUGUAGCAAAAGGGAAAAGAUGCAUCGUAUGCAAACAUAACCAGGGAGUGUGGCGUUCUUUGUUCAAAAAAGGAACAGACCCACAGACAAAUCUACUUACUAUUCCUCUAGGCAGCAGACGUAUCCAUCGAUAGUCACGUCGUGCAGAGAUUUAGGCAGUUCUUGCACUUACCAGAAUCAUGUCCUACUUUGGCAAUUAGCUAAUGAGAUUGUCAAGUUUUGGCGCCAACUUUGGGAACCUGUUUCCAAGAAUUGAUAUACCCACAUCAUAGUGCCAGCUUUUCUGGAUUCCCAGACACUUGCUGCAAGAGCAGGAAGGAACCCAACCCUUUACGGAGUUCAUUGUGAGCUUCAUGAACAUGUUUCUGACUUUAUAAUAUGUCUAGUUUACGGGAGUCUUAUCAGACACUUUGGAUAAUUUUUCAGUUGCAUUACACAUGCAGCAAUUUGCAAGAGAUUAACCAGUUCUUGGGCACUUAAUUAUAGCCUUAAGGAAUCACACUGUUCAAGCAACCUUGUCAAGAACUACAACUUAUUCCAGGAAUACCUGGGUCCCUUAUUUUGUAUUGCUUCCAGUAUUAAUUUCAGUACAUGCUGCCUCUGUAGUUCUUUCCAAAUAGAUGGAGUGUUAAACAGCCAUGAUCAGACACCCUUACAGGCACUCGUUGCAUAGUUGCUUCAGAGCUGCAGUUUUUUGUGAUGAAAUAAAAGAGAUAAAUAAUGGCUUCAGGUGAGUUUCUUUUCCUCAAUCUGUUACAACUUCCUCAAUAUAGCUGCAACAAAUAAAUAUUUUCUCUCGCAUGCACCAAAAAACACAGAGAGGGAGCAAAAUGUCCUGCAUGCACAAGGCAAUCCCUGGUAUUGCCAGGGCUGCUUGUUGUUAAGAACCAGGUAGAAAGACCUCUCUCUGUCCAAGAGUCUCUGCAAGGGCUACAUGAGCAAUGGAGCUGGCAUAUGGCAGUGGCUUGUGUUCCCGAUGCGCCCGUUGUUUUUUGUGUAGGUGGCAGACUUUUCCUGAAUAUUCUUUCUUUUGAUCUCUUCUGCCCUUUUGAACGUUGAUAAAAGUUACCGUAUUUUUUGCACCAUAACACUCACUUUUUUCCUCCUUGAAAGUAAGGGGAAAUGUCUGUGCGUGUUAUGGAGGGAAUGCCUACGGGUGGCAGGGGGUAUCUGCUGCAGUUGUGAGCAGAGGAUCCAUGGUUCCCCUUCCUUCCCUCCUCCGUGGCUCGCUUUGAAACAGCAAAGUGGGAGAAGAGCCGCUGAGUGGGGAGGAGAGAUGGACAGAGAGCCUGCUUCUUUAAAGGAGCAAAGUGGGAGAGGCGAGGAGCCUUCUCCACUUAUACCGCUCUUCUUCAUUAUUAGCAGCAUCCUUCUCCACCCACCCCAUGCGUGCUCCUUCUCCCCUUAAACCCCUGUUCUGCAUUAUUAGUAGCAUCCUUCUCCACACACCCCAUGCGUGCUCCUUGUCCCUUGAGUGCUUUUCCUUCCCUCCCCACUUAAAACAUGGUUACAAAGCACGGAUCCACAUGGAUCCUCAGGAUUUUUGCACUGGGUCACCCCAAAUUCACCAUCAGAUCACAUGUCUGUGGCCACAGCAUGAACCACAACAAUCAUACAUCCACUGUUUCAUUUAGAAUAUUUUUUUUCUUGUUUUCCUCCUCUAAAAACUACGUGCGUGUUAUGGUCGGGUGCGUGUUAUAGAGCGAAAAAUACGGUACAUAGUGGGAAGAUAUGCAGUCUGCUGUUGAUGUGUACUGCUAGGCACAAGAAAGGAUUCUUACCCUUCUCACAAGCAUGGGAGUUGACUGAAGUGGCUAUGCACCUUUAAUGCUUUUGAGGAUGCAUUUUUUUAAAAAGCGUGUGUGCAUGCACACGCACACAGAGAUGUUGGAGUUGCAAAUUCUUGAGUUUUUGUAGGGUUACCCUACGUCCGAAAUUCCCCAGAAAUAGCCGGCAAUCAGCCGUUGGAAACAAGUGUGGAUGGAAAUCGCUGAAACGUCAACCUGUGUCGGCACUGUCGUUCAUUUUCUCUCUCUCUUGAGAUUUUGCAAAAAAACAAACACACAACUCAACAACUUUGGGCAAAACUCUAACAACUUUUCUUUCUGGAUUUUUCACUUUUUGAAAUAAUGGCAACCCAGUCGUCCCGUCCCGUCCCCCCAUUAUAAUUAGAAAUAAAAUCUCUUGAGUAAAAAUUGGGGAGAGGUGAGGCUGGUGUGAGAAUAAGGAUGCCGCAAGCCUACAAAACACCUCAUUUUCGCCUAUGAAAUGUUGGAGGGUAUGCUUUAGCUCAGUGCAGGCGUUCAGAUCCUACAUUGAUCAGGAUUGUGCUACUCUGCCCUUACUGCCUGUGGCAGAGGUGCCAGUCUGUCUGGCACCCCUUUGUUGGGCUUCAUGUUUCCAUAGUGGCUUACAUGCAUGGAGCCCAACACAUGUCAUUCUGCUGCACAGACUUAAUAAUAAUAAUAAUAAUAAUAAAUUUUAUUUAUACCCUGCCCCUCCUGGCCAAAGCCAGGCUCAGGGCGGCUAACACCAAUAAAAUCACAGUAAUAACAUAAUAAGAGAAAAAGAGAGAGAGAGAGAGAAAGAAAAGAAGAAAAAAAACCCCAAUUUAAAAUACAGGUUAAAAUGCAAUUUAAAAUGCAGCCUCAUUUUAAAAUAGCCGAUAAAUCAAGACCAUAAGGGGAGGGAAACAUAAGGGUCAGACUGAGUCCAAACCAAAGGCCAGGCGGAACAGCUCUGUCUUACAGGCCCCGCAGAAAGAUGUCAAGUCCCGUAGGGCCCUAGUCUCUUGUGGCGGAGCGUUCCAUCAAGUCGGGGCCAGUACUGAAAAGGCCCUGGCCCUAGUUGAGACUACUUGAGUGAUGGCCAUAUGCCCUAGGCACCUAGAUAUAUGAACCCUAUCCUAAGAGUAUCUGCUGGAGCCUUGGCAGGGGGUUGGUGGUGAUGACCCUCAGGACACCUUCCAGAUGUGCCGUUCUGUGAUUCUAUGAGUGCAGCAUCAGUGCUCUCAAGAUCUCCUUGCUGCACGUCGGACAUGAACUUCUGCAAUAAAAUAAGUAUAUCAAAAUCAACGCAGAAGGGAGUGAGCCCUGGCUCCCACCUCUCUCUCAGGACCAGAGAGAUGUCAGAUUUGGUUGGUCGGUGUGGUAGAGGAAACAUCAGACAUGGACUGAGGAGAUCAAGGUUCUUUGGGCCGGUCUGCCUGUUAGUCUAACGUACACUGUGAGGAUAAAAUGGUGAGGAGGGAAAACGUGAUCCUUUUUUAAAAAAACACAAAUACUUAAAAGUCAGUCUGUGUUUCUGUGGUACUAAAAUGCAUUUAUAUCUGGCUGUUUUCUGCUCAUUGUUCCAUGUUAGUAUACUAUGUGUUGGGGCUUCGUGGGAGCAAGUGGCGCCUAAAUUGUCACCGUUACCCCGUCCCCCUUCUUGUAAAAAAUGCACAUUUGAACGUUUAGGAGGGAGAGAAAGGGGGGGGAGAUAACAUCUGUUUCUCUUUCCUGUGGUAUUUCUCAAAAUGGAGACCCAGAUUCUAUCUAGGACAUGUGAGCCGUGUUGCAAUAUGUAAUAGCGUUGGGUGUGGGGAGAGAUUAGCAGACCUUCCAUUUUCAAUAACGGAGUGGAACUAAGGGGACUAAGGAACAUCAUCGAGCUCUUCCUUCAGAAGCAAUUGCCAUCUCUGAAUUUUUAUGUUUGAACUUGAAGCGAUGAUAUGUUGUUGUAGCAAUGGAAAGGUAUCCAGGUCACAGCUUCACCGAUGCAAGCCUAUUGUCGUGUCAUAUGACGCAGGGUACAUGCAGAUCGCAGAUAAGCCCAAAUAGCCCUGACGUACAUUAAUCUGCCAGAGCAGGCAAACCCCUAAACUCCUUCAACCCUAGAACGACAGCACGCUUAGAAAUGGCGUUCGCUGCUGAUUUCUUGUUAUCUUGCAAAUCUCGGUCAAUGCUGAAUAUGAAAUUAAGAUGGCUAAAGUGAAUAUUUCUAUUCCAGAAACUGCCAUUCACCAUUCCCGAGCUAGUUCAAGCAUCUCCUUGCCGCAGUUCAGAUGGAAUUCUGUACAUGGGUAAGGCUCCACUUGCUUCCUAAAAGUUAACCUGAGUGCAUUUUAGGACACUGUCACAGACGUUGGUGCAUGGAAAUACUUCCCCUCUUCCAGCUCUUCUAUCCCCAUCGGUAUUUUCUGGUAUUUACGCCUAGCUUUUGAUUCCUUAGGGAUGCGGGUGGCGCUGUGGGUUAAACCACAGAGCCUAGGACUUGCCGAUCAGAAGGUCGGCAGUUCGAAUCCCCGCAACGGGGUGAGCUCCCGUUGCUCGGUCCCUGCUCCUGCCAACCUAGCAGUUCGAAAGCAUGUCAAAGUGCAAGUAGAUAAAUAGGUACUGCUCCGGCGGGAAGGUAAACGGCACUGCUCUGGUUCGCCAGAAGCGGCUUAGUCAUGCUGGCCACGUAACCCGGAAGCUGAAGAUGAGCGCCACAACCCCAGAGUCGGCCACGACUGGACCUAAUGGUCAGGGCCCCUUUACCUUUUACCUUUGAUUCCUUAUGACCACACAAAAGCACCUGUGACACACUGUUUUGUCCAUGGUCUUUUUAAACGUGUUUGUGUGUAUAUAAUCUCUUUCAUGCUCAAAAUAGACCUCUGUCUUAGCCAGACCACCCAGAGCUAUCUCCAUGUAGGUUUCGGAUAGCUGGGUUUAAUUUUACGUUCUGCACAUUGACUGGAGUCACAGACAACAGCCCUUGCCAGUUCCUUAAGUAGUUUUGCAUGGCUAGCAUGCAUUAUUGAGCUCUGAUAGGGCUCCUUGCUUGCCCAAGUGGAAUUACAGAGUGAUAUGUGCUCCGCCUACUUUUGCUUCUGGCCCCACCCACCACCAGCGAUGUUGCCCCUAGAAGGUUGCCUAGAAAGGAACGUGACCUCCAGCUCUACCAUAAAGCACACUGUGCUGUAAAAGCAAUGUUCUGAGUAGCCAGUUGCUGGUUGGCAGGAAACAGAGGAACAGGGUGUUUUCAGAAUUGAUUUUAGCAGUACUAAAAUGCUGAUAUUUCCCAUUUAGGAAAGAAGCAAGACAGCUGGUAUGUGGUGGACCUCAUGACAGGGGAAAAACAGCAGACCUUAACUUCUUCAUUUGCCGAAAGCCUGUGUCCGUCUACAUCUCUCCUGUAUCUUGGUCGAACAGGUAACACACACACACACACACACACACACACACUCAAAAACCCUCUCCCCUGCUUCAAAGGUAGCUUUUGAAAGCCAAGCCAGCCAGACCUGAAAGGAAUAAGCUCAUCGUAAUGAAGUUUAUUUAACAUAUCUAGAUGAAGGCUUCAUGCUAAAAAAUCAUUAACUUUCACCUAACAAUGGGACUGUGCCGUUUGCAUGCAUUCGACGGAGUUUACAAUGGCUGCUUGCCCUUUGGUGGAUUGUUCGUCGUUUUAUUUUAUUCAGGCAGAAACAAGUUAUCCCACGUCAUCCACAAACUAAUUGGGUCUUGUCAAAAUGGCUGUUGAACAAGGCCAGGGAGGAUCCAUUUGGCCCAGCAUCCUCUUGGCCACAGUGGCCCACCCCCUGCAGCUGGGAACCUGUGAAGGCAGUGGUAGCCCCCUGCCCACUUGUAUCUGGUGUUAUUCAUGGGCAGGGACGCAGGUGGUGCUGUGGUCUAAACCACUGAGCCUCUUGGGCUUGCCGAUCGGAAGGUCGGCGGUUCGAAUCUCUGCGACGGACUGAGCUCCCAUUGCUCUGUCCCAGCUCCUGCCAACCUAGCAGUUCGAAAGCACGCCAGUGCAAGUAGAUAAAUAGGUACCACUGCAGCAGGAAGGUAAACGGUGUUUCUGCACUCUCUGAUUUCCGUCACGGUGUUCUGUUGCACCAGAAGUGGUUUAGUCAUGCUGGCCACAUCACCCGGAAAGCUGUCUGCGGACAAACGCCGGCUCCCUCAGCCUGAAAAGUGAGAUGAGCACCGCAACCCCAUAGUCGCCUUUGACUGGACUUAACUGUCCAGGGGUCCUUUACCUUUACCUUUUUUACCUUAUUAAUAGGCUGCCUCUUAGCCUGGAGGUCCAAUGUAGCUUGUCAUUACUUCAGUCCAUUUCUAGAAAGUAAAGAGGCGAGUCUGGCUGGCCACAAGGGGUGUGGGAUGGGAGGGAGCAGCAAUAACUUUUCUUGAGCGCCUGAAUGUUGGUGGCUUGUACUUACCUGGAAAUCUGCUAAGAAUGGAGUGAGCUAGGAAGACGGGCUCAUAGCUCAGUCUUAACGGCAUGUAUUUUGAAUGCUGGUUGCAGGUUCAAUCCCUACAGGCAUCGCCUGUUUUUUAAAAAAGAAAGAACAGGUAACAGGUGAUAGCAAAGACUUCUCUGUCCCUGCCUGAGAUCUCAGGGGAGCUGUUGCCAGUCAGAGGAGACAAUAGAAGGACUGAUAGUCUGACUUGAUAUAAAGCUAACUUCCUGUGUUCCAAGGACCCUCAGCAGGCCAUUUUGCAGAGAGGGCACCUCAAGUAUGUUAUUUUGCUGGGUGUGGGAGCCAAAACGCCUGCAUGUUCCUGUCUGAACGUGGCCUUUGGUCUUUGAACUCAAUAGCGUUUUUCAGUAGUGCAAGAUCCUGUCUUGUAACCAUAUCAUUAGUCAUAGCGCAGAAGCCAGGGGCUCCUCAACCCGCAGUCUCAGAAACUGGAAAAUACGCUUCGAAGGUUGCAGGAGGUGCCGCUCAGCCAUGAUCUGUGAGAUUCUAGCUUGUAAGACAGAUACUAGUCCAUAUUCAGAGGCAGGCGUGUAGUUUCAUGAACUGGAAAAAAAGUCUAUAAUCAGAAAUUGAGCAGCAAAUUAUAAGAGGAGUCAGAUUUUCUUUUCAAAACACUGCAGGAUAGGUGUUUAAAUCUGCUAAUCAUGGGGAGGAAAUUUGCAAAAAAAUACAAUGAUGUUAAGAUAUCCGCAUACUUUGUUUUGAGGAACCACUGGCAAGAGAGGUGGGUGCUUGGUUUUGUUUGACACAGUAUGAAUUGAAAUUUUGGGAUUAUUUUUUUUUUUGAACAGAGUAUACCAUCACUAUGUACGAUACCAAGAGUAAGGAGCUACGAUGGAACGCCACUUACUUUGACUACGCAGCCACCUUGCCUGAUGAAGACGUCCAAUAUAGUAAGACCUGGGGUUCUAAUUUCAGGCUGAAAUGCUAAUACUGUACAUUUCCCAUAACUAUGAGUUCGCAAAGGCUUUGUGUGAUUGCUUGCAUCUCUUUCCCUUGCAGAAAUGUCCCACUUUGCAUCUAACGGAGACGGACUGGUGGUCACUGUGGACAGCGAGUCAGGCGAUGUCUUGUGGAUCCAGAAUUACGGCUCCCCUGUUGUGGCCUUUUAUAUCUGGCAGCGGGAAGGGUUGUGGAAAGUGAUGCAUACAAAUGUGGGCAUCGAGACCCUGCGCUAUCUCACCUUCAUGUCUGGCGAAGUUGGACGCAUCACUAAGUGGAAGUAUCCUUUUCCCAAAGAAACAGAGGCCAAAAGCAAAUUGAUGUGAGUAUAAUUUCUGCCCCUUCUAAAUGGUAUUAUUUAAAAAACGUGUUUAUUGUGUCAGGUCAACUUGGCUAUUAUCUAGCAUGGAAUUAAAACGUGCUUUCACUGUGGUCUCCCAUUUCCUGCAAGUAAAUAAAUAAUAAUAAUUGUACACUUCGCUUCUGCAGAUUAUGUAACGAAAUCACCCUAUAUUAAAUAAUUUGCAUGUUCACAGAGGGCUUUUCCAAAUGUUUGUUUUACUGUCAAUCUUUAUUUUUUUUAGUGCCGGACUGCUUCAGUACCCAGCCACCCCAAAAAUACAAUCCAAACAGAUAUCCAAGAUGUGAUGGGUGUAAUGGGAUAUUCCUGAAACCGAAAUCAUUCAUUUGAUUUCUGUUUGAGGAAUAUCUCGUGUAUCAGCAGCCUCUUGAGAUGUUAAAAUCUUCUAGCAAAAUCCCUGCUCCAUACCCCUGGGCUGCUUUUUGUGAAUGUUCCCCUCCCCUGCCCUUUAAAUAUAUUCGUAGACUCUUGCUUCUCCUUUGCCAUAGUGUAUUUCUUCCCUGUUCUUACAAUAAUGACUGUGAUCCAAAGACUUGCUUCAGGGACCCCAAUUUCCACCACAUUGAUCCAUGUGCAACAUCUCAUAGUGACUGGGAGGUGUUGGGGGUGCUGAAAUGAGAUAGGCAGAUCCACAGGAAUCCAGGUCAAUUUUUUAAAAUCAGCCAAUUACCUUACUUAGCGAUAGCAUAGCUCUCCCCUCCCCCCCGUAGCAAGGAAUAUAUUUCACUAUUAUUCCUGUACUGGAACAAGAACCAUUAUAGGUUUGUUUGGUUAUUUGUCAUCUGGGAAGGCCUGGAGUGACAGGAGAUCAGGAUAUACGAACGUUUAAGUAAAGAAAAUAAGAGGAUUGGAGUUGUAUGUUUGUUUUUACAAUACGCCAUAAAAAACAACACGGAAGUCCGUUCUUAAACCAAGGUGUGCUUUCCCAUAGCAGUGCAGGACUCAAUUUACAAAUGGAACACACUCAACAGGAAGCGAAACAUGUUCUUAUUCCAAGGCAAAGUUCACAAACCAAAACACCUACUUCCGGGUUUGCAGCGUUCUUAAUCCAAGUUUUUCAUAAACUAAGCUGUUCUUAAACCAAGGUACCACUGUAUAUGUAUGGCGACACCUUUGUCUCUCAGCCGUUUCGGGUUCACCCGAAAAUAAGUAUAGAAGUACAGUCAUACCUUGGAAGUCAAAUGGAAUUUGAUCCAGAAGUCCAUUCAACUUCCAAAACGUGCGAAAACCAAAGCACAGCUUCUGAUUGGCUGCAGGAAGCUCCUGCAGCCAAUCAGAAGCCACAGAAGCUCCGUUGGAUGUUCGACUUCCAAGAGAAUGUUUGAAAACCAGAACACUCACUUACGGGUUUUGAUCGUUUGUGAGCCGAUUUUUUCAGGAGCCAAGACAUUUGAGAUCCAAGGUACGACUGUAUCUUAAAUAAAGAAGUAAACGGCAGGCUUUGUAAUAUUUUCUUCCUGACUUCCUUCUAGGCCAACCCUCUACGUAGGGAAAUACUCUACGGGCUUGUAUGCAUCGCCAUCGAUGGUUCACGAAGGAGUGGCUAUUAUGGUAAGCUGGGCAAGAGGCCUCACCAGAAUCUGGAAUCCAGAUGCAAAAAAACAGAGAAAGGAACCUGAGCUCUUUUCCUGCAUUUCUUCGCAAUAGGAAUUCAUAAUCCAGUUUCUACAGUGUGCCUGUCGGUAUCUGUCUUGGGUGUGAAAUGGUUUUUAAUUGAUCAGUUCCAUUGGGAUGUUAUCAUUGGAAGUGAUUACAAAAAUGAAACGAAUGAAUAGAUGCCUUAGGGUGAAUUUUAUUUAUUUAUUUAUUUAUUUAUUUAAUCACUUGUCCCAAUUGUGGGGAAAUAUUUUAUUCGUGUAAAUGACAAGAAUCAAAGGCUUAUUUUGUUCAAAGAAAAAAAGAAUAAGCAAGCUACAUGAGUUCAGCAAGCAGAUAAGAGUAAUUCUGGCCAUUUUAAAUAGGGGGGAAGCAGAAAAAGACUCUGGUAAAUUGUUUAUUUAUUUUAAGGCAUUUAUAAACUGUUUAAUCAUUAGCAAUUCUAAGCAGUGUACGUGAAAUUGAACCAUACAGAGAAUUAAAACAAUACAAAGUCAUCCUCAAACCGAAGAUUGACUUAAAAUGCCUGCUGGAAUAAGGAAGUCUUUUGUCAUGUUCAGAUCUCAUUCGGGAGCAAGUUCCACAAGUUUGGUCUAGAUGCAAUAUCUGUGGCAACCAUGGUUUCACUUUAAUGACAAAAAGUAAAUGGAUUUGCAUUAUUUUCCUUUGAUAAUUGCUCUCCAAACCUUAAUCUAUUAAAAGUAUUUUAGCAGUUUCAUCAGUGAAGCCCUUCCUGUACAAGGCUCAGAAACUGUCUUUGUCUUAUCCCAUAAUUAGCAUGGCUAAAGUACUUCUUUGCAAUGCCCAGCCUUGAAUUAAUGACCCAAAUAAAAUACAUGAAAUUACCUUCUGAGCAGCUUACCGUAUGUCAACAACAGAGGCGCCUUUAUGGCCCGUGUUCUUUGAGCUCAUUGUUUGCCUGAAACAUCUGUUAAAAUGUUAAAAAUCGGCUUGAACAUCUGUGGUAUAAAAUGAACACCCAAUAAAAUUUAAAAAUUUCUUGUUAUCUUUUUAAGUGUGACAUUACUGCAUUCAAAGAACAGGAAGUCAUUGCACAAUUUCCCUCCCUCUCUCUUUCUCUCUAGCCCCGGGGAAGUCCCAUACCGCUGAUUGAGGGUCCCAAAACACACGGCGUAACAAUUGAAGAGUGUGUUAUCACCCCCAGUACAGAUCUGAAGUUUUCAUCCGGAUUUAAACAGAAGAACAGUUUGCGCUAUUUGAGGAAUCACUGGCUUUUAAUAGGUAUCAGGAAGUAAACAUCAGGAUUUUUUUCUGUGUUGCACUGCCCUCUGGUGGACAGAAUUCAAAUUUUAAGAUGCAGAUUAUAUCCUCAGAUUUAUUUAAGGGUUUGAUUUAAGAAUUUACCAGGGGAUAUGCAAAAUGCAAAUUCUUGGUUUUAAAUAUUCAGUCGUGCCUUGCUCAUACCAUAAGAUAUCAUGAGCAAGAACUUAAGAACUAAAAAAUUAAUGAGCAGGCAUUUUGCAAAUCCAUUAAUUUACAAGUUAACACACCAUUUUACGGGAAUAGUUUUUGGAUGUAUGAAGCUUGCAGUUGUAUAGUUAUCGGCCCAUCGCUGCAAGACAUGAUAGUGGAUUAGGUAAAGGUAAAAUACAUGCCAAAGUUUAAUACGUACUGGUACAUAGUUAACUGUAGGAAAUUCUCAACUACAUCACGAAUUACUCACUAAUAUGCCCUCAGUCGGCAGAGCACCUUAAUCUCAGGGUUGUGGGUUCAAUACAUGUGUUGGGGAAAAGAUUCCUUCUUUGCAGGGGUUUGGACCAGGUGACACUUCCAGCCCUACGAUUCUAUGGCCAUUAGCUUUAGAAAGCUAUUAAAUUCAUAAAGGAUGUGUUUAUCCAACUAGCAGGCUAGUGAUAGCUAAAUGGGCCCCUAUAUCAGAGCUGGGAAGCCUUUUGCAACCUAAGGGCCACCUUCCCUUCAGGGAAGCCUCCCAAGGGCCACAUACCAAUAGUGGGCAGGGCCAAAGGCAAAAUUUCAAAGAACUAGUUUCUGCAUUUGACUAGGGAUAAGUUUCCAUAUUUAUGCCUGCCUGUGCCCUCCACCCAGAUUGGCAAGAGGCAGUAUCGGACUUGACGGGUGCAUUCAAGCCAAGCUUGGGGAGUGUAGCAGGGCCAGUGAGGCCAUCUUUUCCUCCUGGGAAUAACAGAAAGCACAUUCUUGUUUCCAGGGCACCACGAAACACCGUUAUCGGCCCCAACGAAGAUCCUGGAGAAAUUCCCAAGCAAUUUGCCAAAGCGGCACGAAAACGUGAUCCCGGCGGAUUCGGACAAAGCUGCUUUUGAAGAGGUUGGUGAAUAAACGGCGUCAUUAGGAAACUGCCAUCACAGAAUACAUUCCACGUUGUGUAAAACGUAUGCGCGUGAAUGAGGUGGGGGAGACAGGAUUUGCAUGAGAUUCCUCAGUCAUGUGCGUGCAAAUUGCAGGAUGCGCUUUUUUGUUGAGAUUGGGUGGGGGGAAUCGUCCAUUAGUUUUUCCAGUCAGAUGUGUUUCUCGCUUAGAUGUUCGCCAUGCUGCAAAGGAACAAGGUGCACACAUCGGCCUCUGUUUCUGUUGCUCUGCGACAAUAUCUCAUUCAAAAUACGACCUUUACGUUCUCCCCAAACCAGGAAGUUUGUGGGUCUCCCAGCUGGGAGCAGUGUGAAGGCUGUAGUUUAGAUGCGAUGUUCUUUCAGAGGCAGCGGGGGAACUUGUACACCCUGUUCCUUCCUAGGUGGGUAACGUUCAAAGCCACUCAGUACAAACUCAUUAGUGUGAGUUCGUGGGCUUUGUGAACAGCACAGGAACACAGGAUGCAGCAGUAUAGCUAAAGCUAAGCAGGCGUGGAAGAUCUUGGCCCCUUAGAUGGGAGAACACAGGGAGCCCCAUUUAAGAAAGGAGUAUUAAUAUAUAUAUAUAAUGUUUUAUAUUUAAAUAAAUGCAACAGUGAGUUUAUUGAGAAACAUGGCCAAACUGCUUCAAAAGCAGGACCAGGGAAGUUCAUAGGAAAUAAGCUCUAAAGGAUGGCAGACUUGUUUCCUUGUUUUAUUUCUAUCUGCUUAAUAGUGAAAAUCGUGUUUGCAUGGCUAUCUUGGGUCGGAAUCAUGUCUUUAAAAAGCAUGAAUCAGUUCUUGAUAUAUUUGCUUAGAAACACUGAGCACUGUGCAAUUUCUAGCCACUUUUUAUUCACUCCCCACCACCCCGGAUCUUUUAAGGGUUGAAAAUUUGUUUUGUAUUCAUUUUCAUGUUCCAUUUUGGUAUGUAAACUGCCUUGGGGGAGGGUUUUGCCCUGAAAGGUGGCAUAGAAACAUUAAAAAUAGACCUUUGCCUAAUUGUAUUUUGUUAACUUUGCAAGCCAUUAUCCUUCUUGACAAGUGCCCUUUUCGUAAGCAGCUGGGCAGCCCUAAUCGAGGUCGUUCCUUCCAUGGAAGCCCCUUGAACUAAUGCAGUCUUUGCUUCUCUCAGGCAAUCAAUAUGGGUGGCAGUUCCAGCAAGGACUUGCCUCCUCCCAUUUCAGAGAAUGCUGGAGAGACCCCCGGCCAGACGCCACCUCGACCAGAGGCUCCCGUCGAUUCCAUACUCAAGGACACGGCUACCGUCAUCCUGAGCACUUUCCUGCUUGUUGGCUGGAUAGCCUUUGUCAUCACGUAUCCAAUGGUAAUUGGCCAGUUUGCAGCAUGCUAGUCUUGUGAAUCAAUAAGAAGGGCCGGCGUUGUUGGUGCAGAGCAUGGACAUUUUGAGGUCAUUUUUUAUUAAACAGAGAUUUAUGCCCUCCCAAACAUGACCUCAGUAAGUCCUGAUGGCAACUAGCAACGUAAUCUUUAAAAUAACCCAUGGGGUACAAGAGAGUAAUGCACAUUUAUAUAUUAAUUUUAUAAACAGCUUUCUUAAAAGUCUGCACUCCAAGAACUGGUCCUUAGUUAAGUCAGGGAUAUCUUUGUUCUGUAUCAAAUACAGUGGUACUUCGGUUUUUGAACGUAAUCCGUUCCAGAAGACCAUUCGACUUCCGAAAUGUUCGGAAACCCGAGGCACAAAGGGCGGUCUGCAAAUUCAAUAGAGAAAAUUGGGGGGAAAACCUCAGCGGAAGCUGUUCGUCUUCCGAGGCGCGUUCGAAAAUGGAAGCAUUUACUUUUGGGUUUGGGGCAUUCAAAAACCGAAACGUUAAAAACCGAGUUGAUUGUUUGGGAAUACCCCAUGCUAUUUGGAGGGACAAAGAUAAAUAGCUACAUCUAAGUGUGGGGUUGGGAAAUUGCUUGAAGCUCCAUGUCAGCUGCUUCCCACAAAAGUGCAUGUUUUUAUCUCAAAGUAAAACAAUUAUAAUGUGCAUUUUUAUCAUUAUUGGGAAACGCAUUUUAAAUUAAUUGCACUAUGAAUUUCCUGUUUCUUGACACUCUAUGAAACCAGCGUUCCAUGGUUGGAAGCUGUGAAAAUUAAAGCUGUUAAUGUUGAAGCUAACUGUGAGUUGUAUCCAGAGUGCCCCUCUGCUCAUGGGAAGCUCCUUGCCCUGUAAGGGGUGAUUUUUUGCAAAUUCUCCUUUCUCCUGCAGCCUUCCACACUGUUCCAAAGGGCGCACCCAAUUCUCUGGAGAUUAGGGGAAGUGUGUGUGGGGGUGCACAGAGAUGGAGGAAUCAGCAGAAAUUCUGUUCACGGAAACCUCUGCUUGAUUAAAAACCCUACCAUGAAUGGAGGGAUACAAUUGGAUACAACCUAAAGCCACAAAACAAGUACCGUAUUUUUCACUCCGUAAGACGCAUCUGAUCAUAAGACGCACCUAGUUUUUAGAGGAGGAAAACAGGGGGGGAAAUAUUCUGAAUCAAAUGUUGUACUAAAUUAUUUAAUAAACUACCGGUAUAUCAGAGGGAGAGGGAGAGGGACAGGAGCUGUAUGUUUCUUUAGCGUGCGCACUCAAGGAGCGACGAGCGGGGAGACAGCACGGCCCCGAACGGACCCGACACAGGAACCCCAGCAGCCUCCUCUCGUGUAAGCAGCUCAUCUCCCGCUUUGCUGCUUUAAAGCGAGCUGAGCUGGGAAGGAGGGAGGGAAGGAGAGUCCGUCUGUCCAUCCCUCCUCCGCGGCUCGCUUUGAAGCAGCAAAGCAAAGCAAAAAAAAGACACCAGUGUAAGCGACUCCUCUCCUGCUUUGCUGCUUCAAAGCAAGCCACGGAGGAGGGAAGGAAGGGGAGCCAUGGAUCCUCUGCUUGCGACUGCAGCGGGAUCCCGCCGCCAUCCGUAGGCAUUCACUCCAUAAGGCACACAGAGGAGGAAAAAUUGUGUCUUAUGGAGCGAAAAAUACAGUAAACAUUAAAUGCAAGAAAAGCAGCAGUUGGAGAUUCACAAAAUAAAGUUUAAUUUCCCUCCAUAUUCCUCCCCCCACCCCACCUUAAGAGUGUGCAUAAUCAGCAACAGCGACAACAUCAGCAAUUCCAGAAACAGCUGGAGGAGAAGAUACAGCUGUUGCAGCAGCAGCCUUUCAAUCCUCCCAUUGACUUGCCCCCCGAGGCAGAAUUCCUGGAUGGCUCCUGCGUCAGGCCAGAGAGCUCGGCCACCAGCUCACCAAACAUGUCUCCAAAAGCAUCCAACCACUCUGCCUAUUCCAACGUCUCCGCUUCUGAUGUCGGGAGCUGCCUUUCCACGGAGCAAGAAGAAGGUGAUAAAAACCAAACUUAACCUUUUCUUGUAGAUUCAGGCUGUGUACACAUUGCCAGCUUAAAAUGCAGCUAGGUUGUUCUCCGCCCCCGCCCCCAUUCAGAUAGGAAAAAUGGAUCAAGACACAGUAUUUCAUAAUCAACCAUAGGAUAGAUAUUGAUUGUGGCUAAUGUUGCAAGUGCACCAAUGCCCGAACCAGCAGUUUGGAUCCAGACUAAAUGGGGAGGGUAUACACAGCCUAAGAAUGUAAGACCACACUUCUACCAAGGUUUAAGCAAGCCUGGAUGGAGAGAUGUUCAGGAUCAGGCGUAGAGAUUAUUAUUUUUAAUGAAUCUUUUGAAAGUUUGGACAUACAUGAAUUAGCAUACAUCUAUUCCUUCAAUGGGACGCAGGUGGCGCUGUGGGUUAAACUACAGAGCCUAGGACUUGCCAAUCAGAAGGUCAGCAGUUCGAAUCCCCGUGAUGGGAUGAGCUCCCAUUGCUCGGUCCCGGCUCCUGCCAACCUAGCAGUUCAAAAGCACGUCAAAGUGCAAGUAGAUAAAUAGGUACCGCUCCAGCGGGAAGGUAAACGGCGUUUCCGUGUGUUGCUCUGGUUCGCCAGAAGUGGCUUGGUCAUGCUGGCCACAUGAUCCGGAAGCUGUACACCGGCUCCCUGGGCCAAUAAAGCGAGAUGAGCGCCGCAACCCCGGAGUCGGCCACGACUGGACCCUUUACCUUUUUAUUCCUUCAAUGAAGUUGGUUCAGUUCACCUUGUAUGACACCGAGGACUACCUAAUCACAGUGUAAGUCUUGGGAACUUUUCUAGACAAUCCUUGUAUUGUAUCCCAGUGCCCAAAAGCUAGGACAGACAGCACAUUCCUGGUUUAGUUUUUGGCAAGCAACCAGCUGGAAGAGAGCUCCGCAGUUAUGGGACAGACACUGAGCACCUUUCUCCAUGUGCCUCCAUUGCGGAGACUGGUACACAGGUGGUACCGUCAGUUGGCAUUAGAGAUUUCAGCAGAAUGUCAAGGAGAAAGAUGCAAGAAUUGCUCAUCCUCCCGUCAACAUACGUAGUAACAACUCCUGUCAGGUGAAGGUUGGGUGAAGGAUAAGAACAUUGUUAUGGCAAUGCAAUUGUUGGUCUUUGCUGUUACCCCUAUAGACUGAUUACACAGCUUAGUGUGCAACAUAAAUGAGGCCAGAUAGCUCAGUUGGUAGACUGUGAGAUUCUUAAUCCCAGGGUUGUAGGUUUGAGCCCCACAUUGAAUGAAAGAUUCCUGCAUUAACAGGGGGCUGGACUAGAUUGGGGUCACUUCGACAAUUCUAUCAUUGCAACUGGUGUUGCUAAAUCUGAAUACUUCUUUGUUUUAAAAGAAACCAGUUAAGUCCUUAAAGGUAAAGGUAAAGGGAUCCCUGACCAUUAGGUCCAGUCAUGGCUGACUCUGGGGUUGCAUCGCUCAUAUCGCUUUAUUGGCCGAGGGAGCCAGCAUACAGCUUCCGGGUCAUGUGGCCAGCAUGGCUAAGCCACUUAGUCUGGUGAACCAGAGCAGCGCAUGGAAAUGCCGUUUACCUUCCCGCCAGAGUGGUACCUAUUUAUCUACUUGCACUCUGACAUGCUUUCCAACUGCUAGGUUGGCAGGAGCAGGGACCGAGCAACAGGAUCUCACCCUGUCGCGGGGAUUCGAACCGCCGACCUUCUGAUCGGCAAGUCCUGAUCGGCUCAGUGGUUUAACUCACAGUGCCACCCGUGUCCCUCCUUAAGGACCCGUUAAGUCCUUCAAGUACCCUAAAUGUCUUCCCUUCCUUUCAUGGUGAGCCUUUAAGUGCCACGUGAGAAUAUGUGCCUAAAAGGUGCCAUGGGUAUGUUCAUUCCCCCCCUUUCCUCUCCGCCCUUCUCCAGAUGAAAACAUGGCCACUAUAGCAGUUGGAAAGAUUUCGUUCAACCCGAAGGAUGUGCUUGGACAUGGAGCUGAGGGAACCAUUGUUUACAGGUAAGGCACCAGAUAUGAAUGCUGUACACCAGAGGCAAAGGCUUCUUCCAGACUGUUGCUAUACUGUGGGAGGGAUUCAAUUGCAUUCUGACAAAUUCAGGUUGUUGCACCAUUAGAGUAGACUUGGUGUUCUUGCAAAGCUAGCUUUUUUUUAAAAAAAAGUAAAAGUAAAAAAGACGACUCUUUGCAGUAAGGCAAAUGCACUGGCAAGUGUAAUAUAACAAUUUCUUCUUGACGCAAAGUCGCAUGACCUCCCCACAAGCCAAUUGAAAUGAAUGCCCGGUAAACUGUUGAUGUUGCAUAAGUUUCCCACCAGCUUUGUGCAAACAAAUUGGGAUGUGGAUGCUCAAUAAACAGGUUGCCUGGAAGCACCUGAGGGGUGCUUAUUAAGCCAGUGUCUGUGGUUCUUUUCCUGAGUGUGUGUUGGAAGAAACAGCUCUUAUUAUCUAGAGAGCCAGUGUGGUAUAGUGAUUAAGAGCAGUGGACUGGUAUUCUGGUGAACCGGGUUUGCGUCCCUGCUCCUCCACAUGCAGCUGCUGGGUGACCUUGGGCUAGUCACACUUCAGAGAAGUCACUUCACAGAGUGUUUGUUGUGGGGGAGGAAGGGAAAAAGAGAUUGUUAGCUGCUUUGAGACUUCUUAGGGUAGUGAUAAAGCGGGAUAUCAAAUCCAAACUCUUCUUCUUAUUGCAUUUUCUUUAAAUAUGCAUGCCUAUAUUACUUGUACACUUGCUGGUGUCUGUGUCAAAUGUUCACAUUGGGCAGGAUUGAACUAACAAGCCCUGCUAGCGGAAGCCCACACAUGGACUCUUGCUAGCUCUGUUUCUUUCCAUCUGUUUCCAGCACCGAAAACUGAUUUCAUGGCCUUCAGAGUUAAAGGUUUGCAUGGUCUCUGUCACCAUAUUUAUUCCAUACUACAUUAACACUUUCCAGCUUAUCCUUCGAAGUACGGAGUGGGAUUGACUGUAGUGUGAGAGGCCUGUCCACUUACACAACAGGGCUUCUCCUUCCCUCUGCAGGCAUCCCAAAAACUUCCUCUGGAGGGUUGGUGGAUUCCACUGAAGCAGAUAAUGAAAGUGCGCAGAAAGGCUGGAGGAGCAGAGAAACUAGAAAUUUUAUUGCACAGGCAUUGGAUGCCACCCAUGGCACUUUUUUCUCUGCCACUCUUUUUCCCCCAAAUUUUUUUUUAUUGGUUUCCACAUUUAUCACAUAGAGAGGAAAAAAAGGAAAACAUUACAAAACACACAACAAGAAAAGAAAAAAAGAAAAGAAAAACACAAAAAAAAUUCUUACUGCGAAUCUCUAAUUCUCGUUACAUUGAUAACUGACUUCCUCAAAUCCCCUCUAACUGAAUUUCAUUAUAAACCCUGUAGAGCAGUUCUCCAAAUUCAUGUUUCUAAUAAUAUUCACUCCUUUCAUUUACUAUCUUCAUCUCUUUUAUCAAUAUUCUAAUCCUUAAUAUUUACUACCACUUACUCUGCCCCUAAGCCUAUUUGUUACUUCCAAGAAUUUUCUAAUUAUCUUAUAUCACAAUAUUUAGCUAAAUAUUAUUUAAAUUUCUUCCAAUCCUCUUGUGUCUCCUCUUCCUUCUGGUCGCGGAUUCUUCCAGUCAGGUUGGCCAACUCCAAAAAAUCCAACAUCUUCAUCUGCCAAUCUUCUAUUGUUGGUAUUUCUUGCGAUUUCCAAUUUUUGGCUAAUUUUCUCUGCCACUCUUUGAGUAGUUGCUUCUCUUGCUUAUUUGUGUCUCUUGUGUAGGAAAAAGUAUGGCACCCCUUGCAGCAUAACUGCCAUCUUUGUGACGGCCACACAAGUGAGGAAGCCAUCUCGUGCAUCAACUUACUCACAUGUUUAUCCAUACAGACCAAAACCUUUCUCCUUCCAACCCAGAAUAAAAUUCCUUCAAUACAAUUGGAAGCAUGGUAGCAAGGCAAGAUCCUAGCUGAGUAACACAGUUAAAUGCUAAGGAGUUUCUCUGCUGUAUCUACAGGGGGACAUUUGACAAUCGAGAUGUUGCCGUGAAGAGAAUUCUCCCCGAAUGCUUCAGCUUCGCUGACCGCGAGGUGCAGCUGUUACGGGAAUCUGAUGAACAUCCAAACGUGAUCCGCUAUUUCUGCACGGAAAAGGACCGUCAGUUCCAAUACAUAGCCCUUGAGCUCUGUGCCGCGACUUUACAAGAGGUAAACUAUUGAUUAUACAUGCAUCUGCAGCUAAAACUGGGAGGGCUUGGCAGUUCGAAAGAAGAGAAGUUUCCAUUUUAAGUUACAGUAAGGCCACAACUUACUUGGGGGUACAGUCCAGGGAUCCAGCCUAAAGCCAAAAUUGCAUAUAGUCAAAACAUGUUGAGUUCAAUGGUGGUGGGAUUUUCAGUCUUUUCCUGGAUGCCCAAGCGUAUUGCCAAGUGCACGUUAAAUGUGCAUAAGUUGCAAGCUUACUGUAUCUUUUUCAAGCUUGAUUGUGUGAUGGGGUGAGAGCUUUGCAUCUGAAUAGAUUUUUUUCUAUCCUACAUUUUCAGUGCAUAAUAUGGCAGUGAAUCACACCCAGGAAAUUUUCUAGAGGCGAAUAGACUGCUUCUAUUCUAAUUCUCUCCCAUUAGCACUAAUUUAAGCAUACAAGAUCAUACACAGAGUGCAGGGAAUACCAAGCUGUGCAGCUAAAUCUUCUGCAUGUUCACUCAGAAGCAAGUUCCACCGUGCUGAAUGAGGCUUACUCCCAAGGAAGUAUGCAUAGGACUGCAGCCUUAAACUCAUUUUGACUUUGUUUAUAUGCAAUUCUAGUAUGUGGAACAGAAGGACUUCAGUCAGCAUGGUUUGCAGCCGAUCACCCUCUUGCAACAGACGAUGUCUGGUCUUGCGUAUCUCCACUCUCUCAAUAUUGGUAAGAAACCGCUUUAUUUUAAUAUCCAACCACUGCAGUGGCUCAAUUUUUUCUCUCUCAGAGAAAAAAUUAGGAUACUUAGAGCUGGGAAGGAGCAAUGGUAUUAUUAUUGCUAGAUAUAAGGCCGUCGGUGCACAUUGCCCCUUUGUAGCGUAGGCUUUAGUUAGGGGCUCAGUUAUAAUAGGGUUUGGAAAUAUGACAACUCACCCCAGUGCAGAGUGUGUGUGGUCCCCAGUGAAGCCUUAAAAGUUUUGGAAGGCAAGAACAGAUUUGAUAGGGAGCACGGGUGGCACUGUGGUCUAAACCACUGAGCCUCUUGGGCUUUCCGAUCAGGUCAGCAGUUCGAAUCCCUGCGACAGGGUGAGCUCCCGUUUCUCUGUCCCAACUCCUGCCAACCUAGCAGUUCGAAAGUGAGUAGAUAAGUAGGUACCGCUGCGUCGGGAAGGUAAAUGGUGUUUCCAUGCACUCUGGUUUCCGUCACGGUGUUCUGUUGCGCCUGAAGCGGUUUAGUCGUGUUGGCCACAUGACCUGGAAAGCUGUCUGUGGACGAACGCCGGCUCCCUCGGCCUGAAAGCGAGAUAAGCGCCGCAACCCCAUAGUUGCCUUUGACUGGACUAAACCGUCCAGAGGUCCUUUACCUUUUUCCCUGUCCUUACUAUGUCCUAUUGUGAUAUCACAUACUUAGCUAGAAGCACAUGAGAAGGUCUGGGGUCAGCAUCUGAAAGUGCAGGUAAGGAACCUGAGUUUCCCUCUGGUGCACAGUAAAGUAGUAAUGCCCUCCAGCCCACCCAAAUUUAAAAGAAAACUGGGAAAGAUCUGUGCUAAUGGAGUAAGCAUGUAACAUAAGCCUGUUGAAUUGAGAAAAAUGUAUUUUAGCAAUACAAUGGCUCUUUUUACUAUUUAGAAUCUCUUUCUGCUUCCACUUUCUUUACAUUAGUGCACAGAGACCUGAAGCCGCACAAUAUCCUCAUCUCCAUGCCGAAUGCCCACGGAAAGGUCAAAGCCAUGAUUUCCGACUUUGGCCUCUGCAAGAAGCUUGCAGUCGGCAGGCACAGUUUCAGCCGUCGGUCCGGGGUCCCAGGCACUGAAGGCUGGAUUGCUCCAGAGAUACUGAGUGAGGACUGCAAAGAGAACCCGGUAAGUCGGCUGCACUUCUUCUUAGGACUUCAGCCUGGGCAAUAUCUGGUUUUCAACAUGGUGAUAUAUCAGCAGCUAAAUACUGCGAUAUGUUGAUCAAUAUCACGAUGUCUGGAAUGUAUCUCAGCUGCUGCUUCCUCCUGGAGAAGCCACAUGGCCUGUCAUGUCUCCCCUGCAUCUUUUAAACUAAGCUUGAGGUUUAGAGACUUCAGUACUGGAAUGAAUUAUUUUUUAUAAAAAAACAAAAACAACCCACAGCAGAUUUGGCAGAGUUAUCUGACUAGUAUACAAUGAGUGAGACAUGGGUGUUAGGUCCUUGAGCUCUGAGUUAUUAUAAUUAAAAGUUGUAUACCUGUAGGUCUCAUCCAAAGGUGCAAGAAAGUUCCUUAUGUUGCUGCCAAUAACUUGCAUACUUUCAUUUGCUGUUACAUUUCAAUCUCUCUUUUAAAAUGCUUCUCUUUCCAGACACACACAGUGGAUAUUUUUUCAGCUGGAUGUGUCUUCUACUACGUGAUCUCUGAAGGCAACCAUCCAUUUGGCAAAUCCCUGCAGCGGCAAGCCAACAUUUUGCUGGGUGUCUACAGCCUAGACUUCCUCAAUCUAGAGAAGCAUGGUAAGCAAACAGAAGUUUUCCAUUAUUCUGAAGUUGUGCACUUCUGUUGUUUCCAAAAUAAAUGUAUAUUUAUACCUAGAGAAAAUACAACCGUGGCAUUCAAGAGUUGUUAAGAUAGAUAGAGAAGGAGACUCAGAGUUCAAACAGAAACUGAACUUUGCUCGUGGAACUUCACAAAGCUGCACAGAUUCUUCUGUAUACAUAUUUCUUUCUCUUUUUUUCAACAGAGGACAUAGUUGCUCGUGACUUGAUAGAGCAAAUGAUAAGUACAGAUGCUCAGAAGCGUCCUUCGGCUAACUGUGUACUAAAGCAUCCAUUUUUCUGGAGUUUGGAAAAGCAACUCCAGUUUUUCCAGGUGAGUCGCAACCCUUUGGUCUGCUAUUUAAUUUUGCAAGCUUAAAUCUGCACUGGAUUAUAUACACUGAAAUACUACAUUUCAGAACCCUAUAAUGUACUGCAUUUGGGCCUGAGGCUGCUUUGGAGUGAUAAUUGUGCUGAGGGAGCUGCAGUCACUAAUCUUGGGGCUGCUGGAGAACUAGACUUCUGCCAUUUACUGGAACCUUUUACUCAACAUAGGAAUCUGCCUUAUACCAAGUCAGGCCAUUUGCCCAUCUAGGCCACACGGGCAGCAGCUCUCUAGGGUUUCAGAUAGAGGGAGUCUCUUCCAGAAAAUGUCGAAACGGGAACCUCUGCCGGGGGGGGGGGGGGGGACAUAAUUCUGGAACCGAAUCUCAACGGGCCAUAAAUGUGUGUUGUCGAUUUUAGGAUGUGAGUGAUCGAAUAGAAAAAGAAUCCCUGGAUGGUCCAAUAGUAAAGGAGCUAGAGAAAGGAGGCAGAGCAGUGGUGAACAUGGACUGGCGGGAGCACAUCACAGUCCCUCUGCAGACAGGUGAGACUUCAUUUUGUGACCUUCAUAUAGAACUUGUUGGGGCUACUUAAGACUUAAUAAUACCCUGCCCUCCCCUGCCAGAGCUGGGCUCAGGGCGGCUAACACCAGUAAAAUUACAGCAAAAUCAUAAUAGAAAAAAAAACCCCAAUUUAAAAUACAGGUUAAAAUGCAGCCUCAUUUUAAAAGUAGCCCAUAGAUCACAACCAUAAGCAGAGGUAAACAUGAGGGUCAGACUGAGUCCAAACCAAAGGCCAGGCGGAACAGCUCUGUCUUGCAGGCCCUGCGGAAAGAUGUCAAGUCCUGCAGGGCCCUAGUCUCUUGUGACAGAGCAUUCCACCAAGUCGGGGCCAGUACCGAAAAGGCCCUGGCCCUAGUUGAGACCAGGGCAUACCAGGAGAGGCAGUCCCGUAGGUACGUCACUCUUACUGAUCAUUCUUCCACUAUAGAGUAAAAAGCAAAAGCAAAACCACUUGUUUCUUUAUUUUUCUUUUGUGGUACCCGGCUACCAAGAGGAAAGAAAUGGGCAGCUUGGCUUGAGUUUUUAAUUAUUCCAGUUUUACUUCUUGCAGAUCUUCGAAGAUUCCGAUCCUAUAAAGGCGGCUCAGUAAGAGAUCUCCUGCGGGCAAUGAGAAACAAGGUACGUGAAUUCUGAGAAGCCAACUGCAUAAAUACCAUUGAAAGCAUGUUUUUAGGGUUGGAGGAGCUGGGCUUGGCCUCCUCAUGCACCAAGGAGGUUUGGUGCCUGAGGUGAAGCCCUUGUUGGCUGGUGGCACGCUGUGCCAUUGGAGUGACCACCUCCCACUGGACCGCCUGCCCACCCAACACCCUGCAAGGCCAGCUCUGGAGGGCUCACCAGGGGCUGUGAGCUCUUGUGUCCUUCUCAUGGUGCCCUCCAGCUGAAGGGUGGCUGAGAGGCUCGCAGAGCGUCGUGAGGAAUGCACUCUACCCCCCAGCGGGGUAGAGCGUGUUAACCACACUUGCCAGGUUCUGCCCACCACAGGGCCCCUUCCUUGAAAAUGUUGGGGAGGCUGAAUUCCCCCCCCCCCCAGAUGUAGGCCUGGGCCCCAGGAUGAGUAUGAGGGGCCGACUACAAUGAUGGCUUCACUCAGCUGUGUAUCGCAAGUGAAACUGCCACCUCUUGAGUCCCUACGCUUCUUUAAGGAGCAUGCCCUGGCCUCAGCUAAACAGUUUUACGGAACCCACAACAAUGCAGGCUCCGUUCGACUUCCCCUCCUGAGGCAGGCCAGCGCAUGCUUGUCUUGGCACAGGGAUUGGCGGUGGGCUCUGCAAGGCACGGACAGGGUAACUUUGCACCCUGCGCCUUGCGGUCUUCGCCUGGGGUGGACUGCAUCUUUUUCCUCCAGGUGUAUUUAUUCCCCCUGGGAGGAAAGAGACAGCACGGGCAAAGGUGAAGGCAGUCAAACACACGGAGCCCUAAUAUCCCAGCUGCUCAAGCAGCAGGGACAUUGGGGCUCACUCAGCUAGCGGGCAGGAGCCUUUUCUCCACCCAGCUGAGCAGCAGGCCGGGGCAAAAGCGCUCCAGCUCCUGCGGUGAGAGCCAACACAGUUUCACCCCGCGGAUUAUUGCCAAACUGUGAUCUUGAAAGCCUAACAUUGCCCAGCCCUCAUCUCCAACACCACUGCUGCAGGGCACGUUCACACUGCCCUGGCAGCUCUGCGAGGCCGGGGUUGGACCGAACGAUCGCAGCCUUGCAAAGCAGCAUGGUGGGCACACUCAUGUGGAGGAGAGGCUGCGGCUAGCUGAAGGCAUUGGGCUGGAGCUCAAUGAAGGAAAGGGGCUGCCACAGUGUCUCCACUGCUUCUGUCCCCAGGUCACUCCCUCCUUGGUGGCUUCUCCUGGCAGCAUAUCGCAGGUGAAACCAAUGCCGCUUCCAAGUCUCUCUGCUACCAGGGCUGCUAGGAGCAGCAUUGGUUUCACCUGCGAUACGUUACUCCCUAGGCUUCUUCAAACUGCUCUGCUGAGGCACCCACACAUUCCUCAGUGGAGCAGUUUAAAGAAGCCCAGGGGGCUGAGAGCCAGUGUGGUGUAGUGGUUAAGAGCGGUAGACUUGUAAUCUGGUGAACCAGUCUCCUCCACAUGCAGCUGCUGGGUUCUUUGAAGUCUCUCAGCCCCACUCACCUCACAGAGUGUUUGUUGUGGGGGAGGAAGGGAAAGGAGAAUGUUAGCCGCUUUGAGACUCCUUCGGGUAGUGAUAAAGCGGGAUAUCAAAUCCAAACUCUUCUUCUUCUAAAAGCCCAGGGUAGGGACUUCAUUAACCUGAUCUCGUGAGCCCCGAUGCCUCAAGCCAGAAGGACAUCAGGGCUCACUCAUCUGGGAACAAGCUGCACCGUCCCUGCGAGGAGCCUGGUUUGAGGCAGCCUAUUCCUUCCACCUCAUCGGUCUGGGGCCAGUGCAGCUUGUUCCCAACAUCAGGGUGUAUCGCCAGAUUGCAGUGUUUGGCUGGUGAUACAUUGUGAUGUUGAAAACCUGACACAGGCCUGGCCCUGUGGCUCCAGCCUCGAGGGUGCCUGGGGUGAUGCCUCUCCAACCCCUCUGAAGAAUUGAAUACCUUGUGAUUCUGCCUUCUUUUCCUUCCAGAAACACCACUAUAGAGAACUUCCGCCCGAGGUGCAGGAAACCCUUGGUUCCGUCCCAGAUGACUUUGUACGUUACUUCACCUUGCGGUUCCCUCCCCUCCUCCUGCACACCUACCAUGCUAUGCAAAUCUGCCGCCAGGAAAGACUGUUCCAGCCUUAUUAUACGCAGGACUCAAGCAGCCACGUUCUUUCUGCAGGUGGUGUUUGAGAGCCGGAGACUCUUUGUUCUUUGCACAAACAGGGCUGUGAAACAGGCCUGUCCUUAGCAGGGUGACUCGAGGGAUCGUCAGAGAGUUGAAAAUCCUCUUUGAGAGUCCCGGACUUAUCCAACGUGCCUUGAACUCUCUGCCUGCUCUGACUCAGGAAAAAGGGGCUCCGGGUAGGAAUCCAAAGAAGAUGCAGUAACUUGCAGAAAGCUUUAUCCUACAGAAGUCGGGAGCAGUCGAAAGGAAAUUCCCAAGAGGAAAAGGGAAAGGGAGGAUCUGAAACAGCUCAGCUUGGCACAAGCAACAUUAUUCUCAAUGCCUACACUGUUUGCUCUUUACAUACCGGCAUUCAAGCCACUUUACUGCACAGAACAGUAAAAAGACAGACUGAAACCGUAACAUUGCCAAGCCCCUUAUGGAUCUCAGGAAGGAGCCUUUUAAGUGUAGCACACCAUUUCCAGCCACUUUUGUUCCACUGCCAUGUUGUGCACUUGAAGCAACCAGGGACCCUGAUUUUUAAUGGGAAGUGGCAGAUUCAGCAAAACGAAUGCAGUGGUUCAGCGAAGAGGCUAGCCCUCCAAAUACUAGUUUUAAAAUAGUUUUGUGUAGACAUAAAAUUAUAUCCUUGAAAUCGCCAACUGGAAGCAUCAGCCCAAAUACUAAUAGCUGACAAAUACAGAAGGAUUGGCAUGCUACGGUAUUACAAAUCCAGAAACCUUCUGGACCAAGGUUUGGCUUUGGCUAUAGUGCUGGAAAUCCCUAAUUCCUUUAGAGAAAUCCGUUCAGAUGUCAUUUCCGGUUUCUUUCCAAGAAUGUGACUAGCUUAAUAGUGUGGUUUAGAUGCAACAGUUGACACAGCUAGAAACGCUCCUUAAUUUUAUUUGUAAAUCUUAAUUUGUUUAGCCAGAGAAAACAGAGCUGGCGGUUUAAAAAGGUACAGGAAAACCUGUAUUUUUAAAAUUUUUAGAAACUCAGUCUCUUGGGAAGCUAUAAAGAGAGAGAGGCAUCUGCUUCCCAUCUCGAAGGAUGCAGUUUCCCUUUUCAGUGUCCCUAAAACAGUGAUGCACAGGGCAUGUGCAGAAAGCAUUAAGAAUUCCCACUGAUGUGCUGUCCAAUGUCAUAUUUGUAGUAUUCUUUUACCAAAAAUAUUUAUUUUACAUAUUUAUAUUUAUUUAAUUUUUACUUACAAAGUGGUACCACUUUGAAAUGGUACAAGUGUAAAGCAUGCCAAAUCUUUUUUAAAAUAAUGAAAAUAGUAAGUGAAUAAACAAAAGUAAAAUCCGCUCUGGUGCAGUAAUCUUUUUUAAAAAUUUUUAGGUUGACAAGGAAAAGGUAUACUGCAUCUUUUCAACCAAGCAUAUUCAUUAGAUCAGGAUAAAAUGUUCUCUCACAUAAGGAAGUUUUUAAUCUGUGUGGCUGUACUCUCUGUGUGUCUUAAAAGGAAUAAGUUAUUAACAGUUAAUUAUAUGAUUGGGCAUUGGUAUGGGUAUUUGGUUUUUUUGCUUUGUCUUUUGUCCUCAUCAUUUUUGGGCCUUACAUUACAGGGAAAUUGGGGGUUUUUUUCCUAGUUUUAUAAUACAACAGCAGAUAUCAAGGUAAGAUAUGCAAAUAUGGACGUUACAGGAUGUGAACGCUUGAAAAUGAUGGGUAGUCUUAACCUAACUUAAUUGAAAAAUCAUAUUGCCUAUUUUUGUAGCUCUACUGUACAGUACUUUUAUAUUUCUUCUAAAUAAGAAAUUUACACAAAAAUUAAAAGUAGAUUUUG